UAAACCAUGCAAUAGGUGAGAUAAAUACGGGAAACGCAAGGUUCCAUGCACAGUUUUAGGUCGAUUUACACAGCUUUGAACAAAACAUUCUCAGUUUCGAGAAUAGUUUAUUCUAAACCAUAAGAAAAAAUUUAAUUAUGAUAAUUAGAAGUUGAAUUUUUCGCUUUUUCUCUUUCACUUUUUACAUUCAGUUCAUUUUAUUUGCCGGAAAGGAAGCCUUAGAAAUUAAAAGGACGUUUGAUCAAUUCACACUUGCGCAUUCUAGUCUUAUUUUAAACUUUAUAGCGGAAGGAUAUCUGUGAGCAGGGAAUAAGUGAGCACAGAAUUUGAUUGUAGGCGAAUGUCUGUAAUCGUCCAUCGUUCUGCUAGUGAGAAGCUAGCCGUUGUUCACUCGUCUUGCUUGGGGCUGAGUCUUAUUCCGGUCAACGAGAGAGAAAGAGUGUCUGGCAAGGUUUCCAAUGAGAGAUUUGUGAACUCGUGUCUGGCAAACUCUCCAAGUGUUUAUAUAUACACAGUUAUACGCACCUUAUAACUUCUUCUACGCUUAGUGUCGAGUGUCGUUAAAAUUUUGGUCCAUAACUUUCACUGAAACAACUGCUCCACAGAAUGUCACUGAUAAUACGUAACGCAAAAGAGUGUCGAAGUAUGACUGCACGAUAAAUGUCACAAAAUCUACCUAAGCGGUCCCUUGGGGAUGUUCUAUCUUUACGUCAUCCUAACCAUUUUGUACUUGCGGACGCAAACAAUAGAAACGUCAUCAUUACCUACCGAUUCCUCGCGGCCCCUGUUCAAGCAAUUCGAGAUUUUUUCUAUAUUGACUCUAUGACUGUAUAUUUCAACUGUAAGUACUUUCCUUAAUAUACGCGCGAGUUACUAGAGUGCCUCCUUAGGAUUUCGCCUUCUGGGCGAAAUCCCUGCGGGGGCAAAACCUAAACUGCUAAACGGCACCGAAACCAGUUUUAGGCGCGCGCUGACUUCAAAUAACUGUCACUUGUGUUAAAAAAAGAAUUGUGGGUAGGAAAAAACAUCGAAAAAUCGGGAGGGGUGGUAAGAUAGUAAUUCUGUCUACAUCCACUUCUACACAAAUCCCUAGCCACAAAACAAGGGAAAAAAAACGACAUAAGCAAGCAACACAGUAAACACAUGUCAAGCUAUUAGACAGGGGAAGUUGAGAAAAAUUACAAAAUGUUUGCUAACCCGGUUUACAUAACUCCAGGUAGAUGUAAGAAUUUAAGAUUUGUAUUUUGAUAAGCUUGCAAAUGAAUCAUUUAUCCAGGAAGGGCUGGCAACUGCCUUUGAUCUUGCCGCUUUUCGGCUUUCCAUGAUCGCCCCAGUUCAGAAAUCUGUCAAUCAUUCGAGAACUGUAGCGAGCAUGCGCGAAACGGGCUGGGAACAACAACAAGAAAUUCGUCUUCGCAGCGAUUCGACAGUGUAAAAUGAAUUUGCGUUUGGUCCCGUUGGUCAUUGCUUUCUUUGCUGUAACCAAUGUUUGUCCGUGGUAAUGUGGAGCUGAUGUUUUCCUUUCUUCUGGUCUUGCGUUUGUCGUUACAUGCGAUUUACUCCGCUAAUAGUCAGGUCUCUUAAGGUCAGGAUCGUUACAGAGUUGACAAAAGCACCAAACUUUGCACAGCGAUAGCUUGUUGCAGCACCAUGAAUAUUAGAGGGAGUGCCCAAUGCAAAUAUGCCACUGAAGCGUGCUAAACAGGAUUUAUUUAUUGUAAAUUUCACCUGCUGGAGUCCCUGUGAUGUUUUGAUUGAAAAUUGUUAUUUAAUACCUUAAAUCACUCAGAAUGCUCUUCUCAUUUUGUAAACAACAAUUUCACUCAAAAAUCUGGCAUUCCCAUCCAUUAUUAGCUUACUGAUUGUAUAAUUUAGUUGAUUAUUACUGUGCCCUUAAAGCAAGUCCACAGUCCGCCCACAUUUUCAUAUUUCAUCUCUAAGAUGGCCUUUUCUUUGCUUCAUAACUUGCAAGUACUCAGCUUCUGGGAUUCUCUUCUCCUUUUCUAAUGUAUUUCAGGAGCUGUGUAUUUCAAUUAGAGGAGGCCUUAUUGUGUGGCUUAAGCCUUAUUUAUCAAGUAUUACUUGUCAUUACAUGCCACUUUAAGGUAAAGAAAGCGUAUGGCAUAGCGAUUCACACACAAAAUUUCAGAAAGAAAAAAAGGAAAUUGUCAAAGAGUCUUUUGUAUUACAUAUUAUCAGGGAUUUAUGACAGCUGUCCAUGAAGAGCAAAUAACGAAAUGACAGAACCCAAAACAGUUCUUUCCUAAGGAGGUAAUUAAUUUUUCAGCUUAACAUAGGACUGGAUGCCUUUCAGUCUCUCUUUAUCUGCUGGACGCACGUGCAUGUUUUGACAGAGAAGCAAGCAUCGUGGCACAAGUCAUAUCAUUUACAAUUCCCGUAGUUUGUCUAAGCUUUACAAAGCAAAAACAACAACAAAAAAAGAAUCUGGUCUCAUAAACGAAAAAAAGAAACAAGGUAGCCCAAGCUUUAAAAAACAGCACAGUUUAUCAUGAAGCCUCUACAUUUGGCACUGAAGCACUCAUGUCCAAAAAUAAUAUAUAGAUUUAGCCAGGGCUAAAAGCGAAGCUCUGGUUAAUAAUACGUGUAAACAAAAAAAAUUAAAUCGUGUAAUGCUAAACGCGGACGACAAUGAAUAUGGCUUCAAGACUAAUAGAUGUAAUUAGCAAAAAAACCAAAUUGCACGUGCAGCACACUUUUUCUUCUAAUUAGCAAAAAAAAAUUUGCACGUGCAGCACACUUUUUUGUCUUUCCCUUGUUGUUGUUUUGCACGACUACAACGCUGUUUUGUACGGCUAAAACGUCGAACUUCCUAGUUACACAUUGUUUUCACGGAGGAAUUGUCGUAUGUGCUUACCCAAUAUUUUGUCUCCUGUGUUCAUGUUCGCUUUUAAUUUUCAUUACCGCUCAUUUUCACCUUGCUGGUCACUAGCAUUUCUCAUUUUCUCACCGCCGCUUUGAAUUUCCAUGUUUUUCUUCCUAAGAAAUUCGUCUCCUUUGUUUUCAGUAACUCGCUCUAGCUCUUUCUCUGUUGUCCACGUUAAUGUAAACAUAAAAAAUAACGCCGAAAAAGACACGACUAUGUUGUUGUUUUUUCUUCUAAAUAAAACCUUGAGUCGCAUUUGGGUUGCCAUACCUGUUGAUUGAGUUAUUUUACAUUGGUAUGCCUGUGGUGCGGACGGACGGUCGCUCGCUCGCUCGGUGUACGGUCACGUGAUUACCAAAUCUUCUUGGAUGGGUAGUUUACCACAUUUUCUUACCCAUGGUGCUCCGCUGCGCGCUUCGCGCGCGAGAGCUCCGCUAAUAACAGCUUAUCAAGUCGUAAAAAUGAGACUCAGGUGGUACAAGAUUGUCUCAAUGAUAAAUGGUGAAUGGUUUAACUGCUGAAACUGUAGAAAAGGGGGCCAGGCUAACUUUUAGGGCCUGUUUACAUUGAGGAGGGGGACCCCAGGUAGGCAUGGUAACCUACUUAGGUGGGGUAGCCUGCCUGUCCAUAUAAUCUCUCAUUUUAAUUUGAUCACGUUUACAUGAUAGGUGGGGUGACCCUUCAAGGUGGGUAGCCCGGUCUGCCACACCGGGUAACCCUGUCAGCUGAGGUCAAAUUUUGCCACGUCAACGUUUCAAGGUGAGAUAACCCAGGCUAAUCGGGGUCGGCUGAUUCGUGAUCCAUCAAAUUCGCGCAAAAUUCACUUUGGCGCCGGGUGGCUUCACAUAAUUAUUAAAGGUAACAAUAGAAAGCCAUAACACUGAAGGUUGCAGCAAGAGCAGCAAGUGAGCGUAGACGUGGUUUGCCAGCAUUUUUCUUGUUUACGUGCUUAGUGACCAUUCAAUAAUCUUGAGAAAGUGCACCCCAGGAUGGCGGGGUUGUAAUAUUGCAUGUAAAGGAGGCUUGUUAUUCUACCCCACCUAAGCAGGUUACCUCACCUACCUGGAGUCCCCCACCUUUAUGUUAACAGGCCUUAAGUCUCAGAAACCGUGAAACUGGUAAUAAACGGUAUACCUAACCCGGGACUACCUGUGAUACUACUUCUAUCUUCAAAAACGUCAGCAUAGCAGCCAAAGGAGCCAUUAUAUCGGUGUAAAAUGAAUAUUAGAUUCCGGUUGUUUCAUGCGUCUCGUUUUAUGACGUUUUCUGUGUGUGUUCGUUUUUGUCACCAUCUCUAAAUUUCAAUCAUGUCCAAAAUACCCCUACUAACAAAAUAUUUCGUAAAACUCUUUAGAAUGAUAUUCAGCAAUAAAAACAAGGUGUGACCAGGAGCCGAUUUCUAGGCUCCUGGUGUGGCAACAUAGGCAUAAGUGAAUGCAAAGUUUAGCGGUAUGUAAUCUCUCAGAAAUCUGUUUGAGUGGUCAAAGUUGGGGCUGAUGGGCUUUUUUGUCAUGACCACUCUAUUGUUAUAAGGGACCAGGCCAUAAUUAUUGUUGACCCUUGCUUUUUUUUGUAUUUUCUGUAAUUUUCCGGGGGCACCCAACGUCAAUUUUCGGAAAAUAUCUGUUCGGAAGACCAUUUGAGAUCUAGAAUUUUCGGAACAUUUGUUGUAAAAUUUCUUGCUUACCUGCCUUUCCUAGGAUUUUCGAUUAUCCAAAAAAUGGAAUAAUUGACCAUUUUUAACGGAUUUUUGCCCUAAAGAGGUCACCUAGAAUUUUCGGGAGCCUUUUCUCUGGCUGAAAUUUUCGAAAAGGUAAAUUUCCAUCCCUAUAAUUUUCGGAUCACUUGACUUUCAGCUAGGAAAUCCGAACAGAUGAAAAUUUUUAGGGGACAAAAAUAUGCCUAUGUCUAAAGUUUUAAUACUAAAAUACGUUUAACAAUGCUGUGCUUAAUUGGUUUUGAACUAUGUUCUCGUUGGGUGCCCCUGAUUUUCCACAGCAUUAUUUUGUGAAAAGUUGGUAACUGAAUUGCUCUUGAGGAAUUCGUGAUCGUAAGAUUUCGUAACCACGGGGUAUUCGCCUAAUUGCAUCAAACAAAUUACAUUUCAGUUUCAUAAAUGAUGCAUCAUUGGUUGGCUAAAAGAGACCUUGUUCCUCUUCUGAAGUUAGUUUGUUUGUAAAUUGUAACGCACGCGGCGACCUUCCUUUUUUAUGAAAGAUCGUAUAGACCUACCAUUAACACCCUGGUGCGAGGGCUCUGAAGUGAAUGAGCUCCUUACAGGUUUCUAGGCAUGCAGGGACCUCAUACACUUUUUUUUAAAUGCAAGUGUGUAAAAAAUAAAGAGUGUUAAAAAUUCCUGGAGAGGCAUGUUUUACAACCUCGUCCCCAGGGCUUAAUAGAACGGUGAAAAAGGUGAAGCGAUCAUAUUUUACUUCAAUAACUUGUGACAGUAAUAACUGAUAAACUUAUCAGUAAUUACUUAUCAGUAAUAACAGAUAAACUUGAGGUCGACGGUGCGCUCCUUUUACCCUCCCUCUCUCCAUUAAUGCUCUGUUUUAAGGGUAUUUCAAGCUUGAAAUAAGAAUGUGUUGACACCGGGGAUCAAACUCGGGGCCUCGCCCACCGAAGGCUGCGCAUUAACCAGAGGAGGACGAAGACGAGGCGGUUCAUGUAGCAUGUUCAUGUAGCAUGUCAAAAUUUAACGAUUCCGUCGUUUAGGAUGUGAUACAUUUGGGUUUUAUGUUAUUGUAUGACAAACAAGAAGAGUACUCACUACAGGGGACCCAAUCUGCUAUUAUAGGUGAAAGUUACCCCCCCCUUUAUCUGUAAUUAGAACCAUUUGUAAUGGGCACCCCCCCUCCCCCCCCAGUAUUAAUCGGCAGGUGGUAAGAAAGCUUUGUGCCAAAUUUGACACUUUUGUCACGUCUGUAACGAUCCGGCCUAUAUUUUGCACAAAGAGACCUGAUUAUAAGAAAGAGACCAGUGAACACUGAUCGUAAACAGACAUUGUUUUAUUCCUCGAUACCGGACCUUUUGACUCACUUCAUCUCUCUAGAUGCAGGCUCUCAAGCUGUGUUUCUGUUUAGAAGACCCACAAGACUAAAAGAAGGGCCAACCCUCCAAUACGUAUGUAGAAGAGUUUAUAUUUUCAAGUGAAAGGCCCAAAAGUAAUUCUUUGUGACAUUAAAAAAAUGCGGUGGCUGUGGUCGUGGAGUAGAAGAGUUGUCAGAGUUGUUUACGGUCUUACUACACCUCCUUCAUUCUUUAUCCUUGAUUUUGAACUUAUCCUGGCAGAGUUGCGUUGGAUGAUUGAGUGGCAUGGUCAAAUCACGUAGUCCAUGUAUUUCUUUAUGUACGAGACAAAAGCUAACUAAAUUUUGCCAAGAGAUCAUUCUCUCUUGAUUUUGCACAUGCUGAUAUGCUUACGUUCUUAUCUUCCUGUGAUUUAAUUUAAACUUGACCGUAGUUUCCAGCAAGUAAAGCUUAGACAAAUGAAAGGGUAAUUAUUUUGUGUGUUUGGAAUUCUCUUUUCAUGACAGCAGUUAUUACACUGCCUUCAGUUUGAGUCCUCAUUUAAGUACGUUUUGUUGCCAACAGAGAGGGAAAAAUCAUAAAUUCCAAAAACUACACUACCCCUUGGAACAAGACUAUGGUUUUAAAAAAGAUUAGCUAAGUUCAGAAAAUAAAUGUUCCAGUUUGCAUGUUUUUGACAAGGACCACAUCUGGCUAAAUAUGCUUCAAAGGAAAUUUAUAAAAUCGGGAAAAUGGUGAUUUUUCUAUUUUUGCCUUUCCUUUGCAUCAGUUUUUGCCAUACAGUUGCAUAUAACGUUUUACAUCUUUGGACAUCAACGUGCCAGAUAGUUUGUGUCUGUAUAAAAAUGAAGUUAAUGAAAUCAAACUCUUUCAACUUAAAAAUUGCCUUGUACUAGUGGAUAGGAAAAACACCAUAGGAUGCCUUGGGAAAAAAUGUAAAAUGAUUAUUGUUAAGGUAAUAUUAUUUGUAGUCAACAAUAACAAUUAGAAGCUUGUGUUGAGGCAGGCAAAAACAUCUCAUAGAGACCAUAAACCUUCACUGACUUUGCUGUCACAACAAGUGGUAAAAGGGUAUCAAAAAGUGAAAUCACCUCCCUGGGUUUGGUAUGCAUAGUUGGACACAUUGUUAAUUUCCCUACCCUUUUUAAGCCAAAAGACCUUAUUUUAUAAUCUGAUUCAUUUCAUUUAGCACACAUAAUUCAGUUAGCUUGUAAACCCAGAAACAUGGAAAAAAACUUGGGGAAAAAAUGGUGGUACCAAAAAUGUAAUUACAGACUGCUCUUCAUUAACCUUUACAGCCCAAACAGACACCCUGUUCAAAAGUCUAAAGAGUGAAAUGGUCACCACCUUAAAUAAGCUGCACAUACCCAUCUAGGCCAAAUAAGCCAAGGGUAGUAUCGUAGAAAGAACUGCUGAGGGGAUUGGGCUCAAGGGACAAUAACUUCUUUUGAUGGUUGAUAAAAAAAUCAAUUUUACCUGUUUGUUUUAGUUGUAAAUCGGAUUCAUAACUUACACAAACAAUUGAAGUUGUACAUUUUUCAAGCUCCUUUUGAUUCUCGUUAUAAACUUUGCAAAACAUUCCAUUUUUUUUUCUGUUUCUUGUACUUCAGUCCUUUGAGGGAUUUUCUCAACGCAUACCGCUUUCUGAUGUACUCACUCUUAUUAGCAACUGGAUUAGCCUCUUGUCCCCACACUAAACCAUUAUAAUCAUUUCAAUUCAGAACUAUGGGGAGUUUUUGUACAAACAAUUUCAAGGAAAUACUUGAAACCGAAGUCACUAUCUAAUAUAAAAGUACUAAAUACGGUAUUGCUGUUGGAAAUAUUUAUUGAUUAUCACUCCAAUGAUGUUUCAGUGAAGAUUUUGAAAUUUCAGUAAACCUCUUCCAGCCUUCUGAUAUAUUAAAAAUAGUUUACAUUUACAGACCCAGUAUCCCAGUAUAUGUGAAGCAAAGUGAUUGGAACAUUUACCCUGGCUUUUACUAAACUGGCCCUAUAUUCUGUAUUUAAGCCCAUAAAUAUUUGUUGUGGCUCCCAGCGUACAAAUAAACGUAGAAAAUUGGUUUAAUAAACAUUCACAUAUGGCUGUUGCAAGACUCAUACUAAUGUAGUGUGCUCGUAGCAUGUGUUUAGGAUGAGGAAGAGAGUCUUAAUACCGCUGUCAAGGGAAAAAUAUAAGAGAUGGAGCAGGGUGGUAGCUCGUAAAAUUCACGGAUCUUAUAAAUAUAAACUGAACUUGCCGAGAUGCCGAAUCACGAAAAGUGAAGUCACCCGUGAACUGUUCAUACAUCAUGCCUGCUGACGUCCAAAAAUUCCAUUUAAAAAGUUCAUGAAAACCUUUUCUUACGUUAGGGCGCGGGAAAACUUAAAACUGAGCAAAACCUAAUCGUCCUUCCAUGUCUGGAUUCUCCGCCAUAUUUGUUUUGAAGGAAAAUUGGUACUCAGUCUCACUCGGCCAAAUUUCUUAACUGGGGCGAUCAUGUAAACUCGGUUCCAGACCUCGCUCCCAGACCACCCUCCUCCCCCCCGCGCGCCGCAUUUAUCAUAUGCAUUCACAUAGUGCAACCAAGAUUUUAACAUUUUUUCAAGGAACUUAUUUAAUAGCCAUUUCUGGAAAAAUGGCCAUUUCAUUUGCACAGUUUACAUACAAAUGAAGGGCUCCAAGUAACAGCCUCCCUAGUCUCCCUCGCAGCCGUUUUUUCGAUGACACGCAACGCUCCCCCCAAAAAUCGGCUGCAAGGGAGACUAUAACCUCCCUCGUCCUCACUCAUUUUGGAUCAUGUGUCUUUUAGGGGACUGUCGAUCAAUGUAUUGGCCGGCAUCUCGCUCGACUGUUGUUCGAUAUAUUGGCUGCUAUGUAAGCCGAUAAUCGGUCGACUCUUGGUCGACUCUCGACCGAUAUGCUGGUGACACUCGGUCGCUACAGUUUAUCGGUGAAUAGUCGGCCAAUAGUCGGCCGUGAUGUGCCGACGGAUUGUCGACAUAUCAGCGACACUUGGCCGACCUAACGGACGAUACCAUGGCGGAAAUGUGGGUCGACCUGUUGGUCGAUGUGGUGGUCUAGUAUCAGCCGACUGUCGGCCGACAGUCGGCCACGUCUCGACGGAUAUGUGCUCGGUACUUGACCGCUACAGUCUAUCGGCCGCCGAUACUUUGCCGCCAGACAGACAACAAUCAACCCGUUGUCAGCCGAAACCGAUAUGUGUAACAAGCAUUAGUGGCCAUUGUGUGUCAGCUGACGUCAAAAACCUUGUAACAAAGGGCAAAGCAUAGAGUAAAAGCGAUAGCGAUUGUCGACCGAUACACUACCGAUAACUUACCGAUAGUUGACUGAUAGUUCACCCAUACACUGGCGACACGCUACUGAUGCUAUCGUGGCCAACUUUUGGUCGAUUUGUUGGCUGAUACUUGACUUACAGUAAAACGUCACUCGACCAAUAUAUUGACCAACUCUAGGCGAUGCCGAUUGUUGACCAAUACACCACCGAUACCUCACUGAUACUGAACCGACAAUUCAUGGAUACAUUGCCGACACAUAACUGAAUUUUUUUUUAAAAGUUUCAUUUCAUGAUUCCAAAGUACAACAGUGCUGAUGACACACUACUGAUGCUAUCUUGACGGACUGUUGAUCGAUCUGUUGACCAAUAUGCGAGCGACAGCAUAACACCACUCGACCAAGAUAUUGGUCUAUACUCAGCCAAUAUUUGACCGAAUUUCGACCGAGUAUCGGCCGACGUAGUGGUCAGUAUAUCGAUCGAAAGUCGAACGAGAUGCAGCGUGCAAAGAAUACAGUGUCCCAUAGCACGGGGCUAAAUUUUGUUAUCGGGCUAGUGAAUUCUGUUCUUAACUUGCCCGACAGGCAAGUGAAGUAUUUUGAGGAAUUCAACUUACUUACAAAAGAACUGUGAAAUCACUACUGCUCAUCAAAAAAUUUGGGGGCUAGUUGAAAUGACGUUCGGGUUAGUAAUUAAAUGCUAGCUUCAGCUUGCCCGAUUGGCAAGCUGUAAAAAUGACUUUCUUUGCACCCUGGGGAUGUCAGCCGAUACAUAGAUCGACAGUCCCCCAAAAGAUACAUGAUCCCUCAUGUUUUGAAAAGGACGUUUUUCUAUGGUUUUCAUCUGUUGCUAGUAUUCUUGGCAUCAAUGUUUGGAUCUCAAAAAGAACAUGAGCUGUUAUAACCAGCCCUUAUUAUUUCCUCUCAUGCUUCUAUUAUCAUUUUUGAACCACAGUUUAACAGAGAAAACAAAAGAAAAUUGUCCAUUACUAUGUUAGACCAACUAAUAAGCAUGAUGGUGCUGUAUCAAGUACACCGUAAUUUGUAGGGAGUUAUUAUAACUCCAAAAAUGGAGUAAAAAUUUUAGGUGCAGGAUAACCCCUUUUUUGGGGUUAUUUUAACUCCUAAUUUAACUCCGAAUUUGGGCUCAUUUUUACUCCUGAAAAAGAGUUCUUUUUACUCCCAGUCUGGAGUUAAGAUAAUUCCGAAAUGGGGUUACUUUUACUCCUUACAUGGAUUAUUUUACUCUUUUUGGAGUUAACGUAAGUCUGAAAGUGGAGUAAAAAUUUUAGGUACAGGAUAACUCCUUUUUUGGGGUUAUUUUAACUCCUCAAUAUCUGGGGUCAUUUUUACUCCUGAAAAAGAGUUCUUUAAACUCCUUUUUGGAGUUAAAAUAACUCCCCAAAAAAUAACUCCACUGUAAGGAGUUAAAUUAGCCCCACUAGAGGAGUUAUUAUAACUCCCUGAAAAUUACCGUGUAAAUAAGAUAGGCGGGCAUUAAAAUGAGUCUUAAGAUCAUGACUUUUAUAAUGCAAGGCAUUUUAAAUUGAAAGUGCAGUUUUAUUAUUUCAGUUAAUUGAAUAAGACUACUUUUAGUUUAUUUAUGAAUUCUUAACUUUGUUUCUGUUAAACUUUGAUCAGGCACUGUUGAUCUGCAUAACUUGCCACUAAAGAAAACAGCACUGAAAGGUCUUGAGCUGCCAUUAGAAUUGAAGUCAGGUUUUAUUGGUCAUCUGCAGCUAUCUAUUCCAUUGCGGCGACCAAAAUCAGAGCCUUGGAUUGUUCAUGUGAACAAACUUUAUCUUGUUGCGGGGCCUCUUCAGCAUUCACAGGUUGGUGUGAUCAAAGUUUAAUAGUAGAGGAGACUGGUUAUGUAAUGUGGCAAACAUCAAAGAUAAAAACAACAAUUAUUGAUGCUACAGUUUAUGUUAGGAGCUCCUGAAUGGCCCCGUGAUCAAUCCUUAAUGCAAUGUUUUUAGUGUUCAAUAGAAAUGCUAUCGAAUGUUGUACAUAUUUAAGUGUACAAAAACAUAUGACAAAGGAGAGAAUUAAUAAACUAUGAUAAGAUUGCACUGCAUCAAUUUGCUACUCAUGAUCAGCUAUCCUGAUGAAGCGAUUUUAACCUGGUGUGAUACCACCACCUCCCAAUAACUGGGACCUUUUUUAAAGGAACCACUUACAAUUUUAAGUUCCAUAUAUCAGGUGUUAAACUUUAUAGGGAGUUUGGAGCAAAUGAUUUCAAUUACAUUUUAAAAAAAGGUUUUUACUUAGCCUGCGAGCAAUCUCUCCAGGGCUCGCUGGUAGUGGGGUGGGAAAAGGAAGGAGAGCUUGGAACUAUGUCUCUGGAAUUUGAAUUCCACCUCCAAUUCUCCUGUGGCUCCGACUGAGCUGUCAGAUUUCUGACAAUCAGCGUUAAGUGAAACGAGCACGAGUGUAAACAAACAUUGAAAAACAAAUGCCAAGAGUAUAAUGACAUCAUUAAUAUUAAUGUCAUCUCCGCCCAAUCAGCAUUUCGCAUAGUCGUUUUCGAUGCAGAUAUUCAAAUAGCCCCUUUGCAGGACUUGGUCACUUGACCAUUCUUAAGCAAAAAUUAUGGGAUACAGCUCUAAAAAUGGCUUAGAUGGAAAAAGCAUGAGAAAACUAGCCAGAAGGCCAAUUUUGAGGAGACUGACACAUAAGACUAAGAUUUUAUAGCUGCCAGAAUGAUAGAAAAAUUAUAAGGAUUUUUAUGAAAAAAGUGGCUGGGACGCAUGGCGUGCGGUCCAGCGAUUGUUUCCAUACAAAUCCUUAUAAUUUUCCAGAAACUCAAGAAGCUAUAGAAGCUUAGUCUUCUGUGUCAGUCUCCUCAAAAUUGGCCUUCUGGCUAAUUUUCUUGUGCUCUUUCCACCUAAUGCAUUUUUAGAGCUGUAUCCCAAUAGGCAGAUCGAAACUCACCAGUGAGUCUUCAUAGCCAAUAACAUCACGUCUUAACUGACAGGCCACCAAUAACAUUGUAACUUAAGUGACCAAUCAGGUCAAUAACCAGAGUUCAAUACCAUCAACUAACGUGAUGCAAUUCACUUUGACUCUGAAGUUUGACUACCGCACAGGUUGUCGGAAUGUCAGUCACUGUCAUUGACAACAGUCUUAUUGAGGACUACGUUCACCCUGGCGAUCAUACUCAACUUACUUAAUUAUGAGAAUUUAUCUUAAUUUACAUGAUUGUAUUUUUUUAAAACUAAUUUUUAGUACAAUGAAGAAGAAGAAAAGGAGAGGGAAAGAGUUCGAAAGCGGAAACGUUUAGAUGCUUUGGAGGCUCAGUGGCUUGUAAGUAUUGGACAGUGUCUUUUGACUUAUAGCUAUCUCAUUAUAUUCAAGGUGCAAAGAAAGUCAUUUUUACAGCUUGCCAUUCCGGCAAGCUGAAGCUAGCAUUUACUUGCCCAAGCAUCAUUUCAACUAGCCCCAGAAACGUUUUGAUGAGCAGAUUGAUUUCACAGUUCUUGUGUAAUUUGAAUUCCUCAAAAAACUUCACUUGCCCGUCGGGCAAGUUAAGGUGAUUCCUUGGUUUUGCACUACGCAUCUCUUACUGCGCAUAACAAGAUGGCCACCGUAAAAAAGAGCAUGUGAAGUAACAUUAUUAAAAUGAAGUUGACUGAAGAGAAACGCUAUUGGAAUUUUUGCUUGCGGUUGUUUCUUGCCCAGGUGAGACUCAAGGUGUUGGAAAUGUGCAUAACGUAAGCAGUACACGUGUUGCUGAGUUUGACUUCCUCACGGAGAACCUCGAUAGCGGAUGAUAAACUUGUGCUUACUCACUUUGAUUUUCAUUUAAACGCUUUCUUCAUCACAUUGUGUCCUAAAUGUGAUAUCUCGAUGUAAAUUCUGUAUAAACGGAUUUCUUAAUAAUUUCUCCCCCUUUUCACGUACAUUCUAUUUUGAAACUCGCCCAAGUACUCUCUAAAAAAUCGGAGAAAAUGCAUUUGGUGAGCACUUUCUGCAACUCUACCGCAAAAACGAGUACGAUGACCCCCAUUUUUUAUUUCAUGAUUUUAAUAAAAACAGUGCUUCCUUUCGAUGAGAGAAAAAUUGGCACAAAUCUAUGUUCAGUUUUUUGGCAAUUUUACUUAAUUGUUAGGAUUUACCUAUCACGGGUCGAAUAGCGCGUGUCCAAUAUAAUUCUACUUUGGAACGUAAAGUAAAAACAAGAGCAUUAAAAGGCAUUUUUCUGCUGCGUAAGUCGAUAAACAAUACAUUAAAGUCAAAUUCUGUACGAUACCACAUGCAUCAUGGAAAAAAUCUCUCCUUUUUGUCUGUUUUUGGGCUGCGCGGGUUUUGCCAAAAGGUCCUAAAUAGCCCUAUUUGUCAUCAUUGUGACGUCAAAACGAGCACGGUGACCCGCACUUUUUAUAACUUUUUUAUCAUCUUCUUGACUUGUUACAUCAGUGUACCAAGUUUCAUCUACAAUCUAAAUUAGGUUCUUUUACUAAGGAAUCGCCUUAAGAACAGAAUUCGCUAGCCCGAAAGCAAAAUCCACUAGCCCCGGGCUAUCGGGCACUACUGUCUUUGCACGCUGCAUUGUCAAUAAUCACUGGGGGAGAAAACACCAUUUUCUAGAAGUCAGAAUCAGUGAGCUGAUAGGUAAGAUAGAAGAAAAAUUACAUACAUUAGUAUUCAUGCCUUUAAAGUGAUCAUGAAAUGUAUACUGUAUACAGUCAAACUUGGAUAAAGUGGACCUCUACACUAUUGUGUACACAUUGUUGGUUUUACCAUUGGCCUCUGAUCAAUCAUUUUGCAAUUACCAGAAAUAUAACUGAGGAAAAGAUAAGCAGGCUUUUUUGUUAGUCAUGCCGGCUUUUUUACUUAACUGCAUCUUCAAGUUACCCUUUGUUUUAAAGUUUGUUUUCCAGAGCAAUUUUAGCCAGUGGUUAGCAAUAGCUCUUUUUUAGCCGUGAAAUUAGCCAGCAGCUGGCUCUUAGCAACAUUCCUGCAAUAUAGUGACCUAUAGUGUAUAUGAGAGAAAUAAUAAUAAUUGUAUUUUUGUUCUUUCUAAUAACAGGCAGCAAGAAAGAACAAUGCUGCUGCAGGUGGUUUCUGGUCUGGUUCCUGGUGGCCGUCGCUGUAUUCAUCUUUCUCUACAACAAUUGUUGAAAAUCUACAGGUAUGAAACACUGCUCAUCCUUCUGCUCUCGAUAUUAUUAACUAGUAAAAUCCAAAUAGUGGUCUAUUAUUAAUGCUGCGUUCUCAUUGGUUGAGCUACUACUAGGCUAUAUGUUAUAGCCCACUAGCAGCGAAAAGUGCGGGCUUAUAAUUUUUCAAACAUUCCAGCAGCUAUAAAAUCUUAGUCUUAUGUGUCAUUCUCCUCAAAAUUGACUUUCUGGCUAAUUUUCUCAUGCUUUUUCCAUCUAAGGCAUUUUUUGAGCUGUAUCCCAUAAUUUUUGCUUAAGAAUGGUCACGUGACCAAGUCCUGCAAACUACUUGGAUUUCACUAAAACAAUUAUUCCUCUCGCCCUCAUGGCCUCUGAGUUAAUAGCCCAUUCGGCCUUCGGCCCUCGUGGGCUAUUGACUCAGAGCCCAUUCGGGCUCGAGGAAUAAUUGUUAAUUACCCAGUUCUUUAUACUCUAUUGGAGAAGACCAUUCCUGAUUAGCCUUUUUUUUAACCCUUUAAGCCCCAAUAUCCAUAUACAAAUUCUCCAAACUGAUCUCAAUACAUUUCUUAAAGAAUUAGUUGAGAGAAUUUGAUAAACGAUCAAGGCAUUUUCUCUUUGGUUACCAUUUUAUUAAUUGUCAUUAACCCAGUCUCAUGAUUGUCUCAGGGACUGUCAAUAAGCUGGCUAGUUAGCAAUCCUUAGCCGGCUACGUUCAUCUCCUUCUACCAUAACUGCUAACAAAAAAUAAGCAGCAUCGAAUAAAAUUUUUAAAGCAUUCGUUUCCAGGUUUUGAAUGAUAUUGAACACAUAUUUAAAUAGGUUUACAUCUGUGAAACGUUCAAACCGUGCGAUUUUGUGGAACGCCGGCGACAUUUCGACGGCAUUGUUCCCAGGCUUGCAUGUAUUCUGACGAAACAACAUGGCAUCUGAAAAUACCUCUCAAAGCCCCCUGGAAAUGGCAUUUUCAAGACUAAAUUUCAAAAUGUCCCUAGAUGCCUCGGCCCACAAGAACUUGUGCCUUUGGUGCAAGUUCCAAAGCUGCCUACUAUUUAUUAUCAGCCUGUUACUUAUAAACUUUUUGACAGCCCGGUUGUCUAUUGAUAAUAUUACAUUGUUAGGAGAAAAUUGAUGUUGGUCACUAUUGGAUCUUAAAGGGUAAAUCUUAAAUCUUAUGACCCCUGAUUGGAAAGCUCUCUUAAAAUUGAACAUCACUAUUUCAUUCCAUUGCAAUCUUUCUUGUUUUCUAUCCUCCCCAGCUUAUCAUUAGUGAUGUACAUUUUCGCUAUGAAGAUGCAACUACUAAGGAAUCACUGCCUUUUGCUUUUGGCAUAACCAUCGCAAAACUGUCAGCACAGUCCACCAAUGAAAGCUGGGUAAGUUUUUUGGGAUCAUUAUACAUUUCUUGGAAACUCUCCACCUACUCCUCCCCUAAGCCAACAUAAACACUUAGGGUUGGUUAUUUUGAACAAGUCUAACUUAGACCGCCGUUUAGGAAAUCUUUUAACCUCCAGAUCUCUUCUUUAGUGGGUUAUCUUAAUAAGACAAAUGCUUUUCUAGUCUACAGUAUAGGCUUUAAUGAAACUGUUCACGAAAAAUGGUGUUUAGAAGAAAGCGUUCGGAAAAGUGAAAAUGGCUUAGAACGCGGUUUUGUUAAACACUGGCUAAACUCCAUUUAAAUAACUGACCCUUACUUCUCACUCAGGGCAAAAUGUUGGCUUAGGGGAGGGGUAGGUGGGCAGUUACCUAGAGACGUAUAAUGAUCCCGGGGGGAAGGUAACUCUAUUGUUUUCCAUCUAAGUUUCUUUACCCACUCCGCCUGCCAGUAUGACGACACAUAGUAACGGGUAAGAGCCUUGGGUCGCUUGUGCAAAUUAGCAAGGGAUAGGACAGUUAUUUGAACGAGCGAGGUUGAGGAAAAGCUAAGAAGCUAACAAAUAUCGCUAUAUAUCGCUUAUUUGAUCGAAUGUGUGUGAGCUUUGGUGUUGCUAUAAUCUGCUUGUGUAAACGGUUUUGGUAUCUUGUGUCCGUGAUUGUAUAAUUUUGUUAAUCUGUUUUUCCGGCUGUGUUGCGGGAUCGCCAUCUAUUUCACGGGACCGGCAAGGUCAUCAAAACUUAUUUAAAAUCUUUUUUUUUCCUCUAAAAUAAGCAAGGUCUAGUCUCCAGAAUAGGAGGUUCCAGUCACAGAUCACACAUGUCUAUAUCUAAUCUAUUCUUUUGUUAAUUAAACGGGCCUAACUUCAUAUCAUUCCUUUCGAGUCUGGGCCUCUGUUGAUCUCCUAAUUCUCGACCAAAUCCAAUAAAGCUAGUUCGAUCGAUUAUCGAUUAUCGCUUUGAAAUACGCGCUUCAGCUAGUUUUUCUCAAAUGUAUAUUUCAAUUCAUGUUAAAUACGGCUCCACCAGCUUCAAACAGCGUCCAUGGCAGAGAAAAAUUGUUUUGAUAUGACAAAAGUAAUAUUUCGAUUCAUGUGUGUCACUGUGGUGCAGUGGUCAAGUAGUUGCUUGAAAGUGCAGAUAAACCGGGUUCGACUCCCGGCGACGCUGUUUCCUGUUACUUUGUACCGUUUUUUUUUUCUGUUUGGUCUCUUUUUUUAAACACCAUUUUUCCUUUUGGCCUUUUUUUCUUUAUGCUGACCCAGCUGGUCAUGCUCUUGGAUCAAUAUAUAUUUUAAGCUUAAGUCCGUAGUUUUAUUUUGGAAAAGGGAUUUCAAAAGCUCUUGAUCUGCAUACUGGCCAAGCUUACGACCAGAAAAAAAAAACAGAAGAUGUCAAGACAUGUCCCUCCUCUGAAACAGCUGAAUUAAUUUUAAUGUUAGUUGACAUCAUGACAAACAACACACGGUACACCACAAACUGUACUAAUUUACACCCAACACCCACCAGUGACCCACUGGCGAAAGUUAAACCAGUGCCUUUGUACAUCGUCUUAAUCAUCAAUAUUAUUACCCUAAAAUCUCCACUUGGUCAGUUGCCCCCAAAAAAGAAUUAAACGAAACCUUUUACUGGUUUUCGGGAUUUAAUUACAGGAUUACAGGUGUAUACCCAAUGCAGUAUUAAAGUGCGGUAAAGCAAAAAGAUUCAAUGCUCACGGUCUCUCACAAAUACCUGUUAUUUAGCUUUCUCGUUCAACGCUACAGCUCAGCGAACUUUGAGAGGAAUGAUAUGGGGUUGUACUAGCUUUGAAGAGCUGAAAUACGCACAAUGUAAAGUAUAAUACAUCCUUUGAUGAACCUCCUAUUGCCGUGUCUAAACUCCUCAAUCUAGCUGUGCACUGGCCCUCAAAAGUGUGACUUGUCGGUAUAAUUGCCCGUAAAAUUUGCUCGACGAUAGAAAGGAAUCUUUAAAAUGCAUUACUCCACUGGACGUCUCAUUCCAAAAAAAUACUUAAGUCUAAAUUUCUAUGACAAUAGAAACCUUAAAAUCUCCAAAUCAAAGAAAUCGGAACAGUAUUUCCGUGAUACAAUCGAAAUUUUUAUCCGUUCUUCGAUGAACACUUUGCUCGCCACUUUGAAAGUUACUGACGCGAGACGUGACGUCACACUGGCAGGCGGACUGUACCACAGAUUUCCUUGGAGACACCUUCCCCCGAAUGAUCCUUUUGAUCCUUUGCAGCCCUCCCAAGUACUGUACUCUACCGUCCUCAACCCAUUGUCCAUGUUUCAGUGUUAAAUACAAAUAAAUGAAAAAAUGAUUAUACAUGCAAUAUUCACUUGUGACACUUCUUAUUGUUUUCGUGAAAAUGUUUCCUACAGAAUGUCCAAAAGAGGAAAAAGAGACGAGAAGAAAAAGUAGGGAACCAAAGAAAAUUCGUGAAAAAGAAAAAGAGAAGUUUUACGCGCUGUCAGUGUAUACCUGAAAACCAAAUGGUUGAAAAGUUUCAAUCCAUUUUUUCCUUCAAAAUAAUAAUUAGUUAAAUUAAGGGUAAUUACACCAUGGUUGUUUUCGCAUAACAUUCAACAUCUACGUGUAUUUCUAGUCAGGACUAUACGACUUAACUUUUUGCAUCGAUUGUAAGUGAUGCUUUUGAUUUCCUGCUGUACAAAAGUCAUGCUUUUCAUUAUGAGCAAUGUACAAAAUGUAUCAUCAGUGGCGGAUCCAAGGGAGGGGCCCCUCCCUUAUUUUUAGACCAAACUGAGGCCCGAAGGGCUGAAACAAAAGUUUUUUCAGACCGACCCCCCCUUAUCUUAGGGUCUGGAUGACUGCCCCCCCCCCCUUACCUGAAGGUCUGGAUCCGCCACUGAUUUUGAAGUGUUAAGUGCUCUUGUGAGUUCAAUGCUCCCUACAACAAUGCUUUACGUUAUACAGAAUCCAGAGGAGAUAAUUAAAAAUGAGCGAAGCAUUAAAUACAAACUCAUUGAGCUGCAGAACAUGGCAAUUUACUGGGACACUGAUGUUACUUUGGUUGGUGACUUACCAUCACGAGAUCUUGAGGUAAUGCAGAGUUAACUUCUUUAACCUGCGAGCAAGCUCUCCUUUCUCUCCCCUUCCUCCUCCUUUCGCGUCUCCUACAUUCAUACAUACACACAUACACACACACAUACACACAUACAUACAUACUUUAUUGCAUACAUACACACAUACAUACACACAUACACACAUACAUACACACAUACAUACACACAUACAUACAUACAUACAUACAUACAUACAUACAUACAUACAUACAUGCAUACAUACAUAAUAAAAAUGAUAAUAAUAAAACAUUAAUUUUACAAACUAUUUACAUUUUAAUAAUAAAAAAAACUACCUAUGAAUUAAAAAGAUAUUUAAAAAUUAUCCUUUUAAAAACGUAAUAAUAAUGAUAAUAAUAAUAAUAAUAAUAAUAAUAAUAAUAAUAACGGUUUAAUAUCAGUACAUCCAUGGUAUGGCUCUUCACCUGAUAUAAAAGUAAAAUGAGGAAAUUAACAUAAAUCUGAAUUAUGAGUUUGUAAAAAGCUAGGUAAUAAACAGUAAAAUGUAAUUAUACAAGAUAUACAUACAUUAUCUAAAACUAGGCAAGAAAUCAUUCCGCCCUUUUUCCGGCAGCGCUCUCUUAAGAUACAUAAUGUUUUCUUACUGAAGGAUUUAAAAUUAUCACAACAUUUAACAUUGGAUGGCAGAGAAUUGAAGACGGCUGCCGCGCUAUACUGAAAAGUGUCCGAGGCGUGGGGAAUAACUAGAUUUAUGGUACUUGAUGACCGUAAAUUUCUAGCAUGUCUUACUUGCUCAAGCUGAAGGUUUCUUGGCCAAUCAUGAGAGUAUAUAGCUUUGUGCGCGGCCUUUAGAACGUGCCAUUCUCUACGUUCUUUUAUAGGCAACCAGCCUUAAGAAUGGAGUCAAUAUUGUUCACAUAGCGUCCAAAAACAAAACUGGCUGCCGCAAACUUGAUGCGCUGUAACCUUUUUAAAAGGUAAUCAGUAAUUGGAUAGAAGGUUAUAUCAUUAAAGUCUAGGCGAGAUAGAACCAGACAUUCAACUAAAUGAAGAAAUUAAGAUUAAGAUUAAGAAAAAAUUUCUUAAAAAUUAAGAAAUUAAGAUUUCCCGUGUCUCUUAUAACUUUAACUAUACUAUUGUACAGUAGGUGAAAGUCUUUUGGCCAGUGCAUGGCCAGCCUAUACUGAGGCAACGUAAGGUCAUUAUUCUGUCUAGUGACUCUUUGGUGAGUUUUUGCGCGAUAUUGAAAGCGUCCGUGAAGGUAACCAGGUGUUAGGUUCUUUAAGCAUUUGUACACCAUCACUAGGUCGUUAAAAAGCAGUUUAUCCCUUACGUUAAGCCAUUUAAAGGACUUCAGGACUUCUGAAACAUGAUGGUACUGUACAGUACCGCAAAUGAUCCCGAGACCGCAAAUGAUCCCCAAAAUGGACCGCAAGUGAUCCCCAAAGUCGACCGCAAAUGAUCCCGAAAGAAAAAUAGGAAUGGUUUAGACUCGAGUUAGCGGAUCAUCGUGUCGAUUUUAUUAUUAUUACAAAAAGUAAGAUUAAACGCUAAAUUUUAGUUCUUAAAUAAAUACAUGAAUAAAAACUAAAUGAAAAAAUCAUUGAAGUGUAAAGCGAAGUCGGUAGGCAACACACGACUUUUACCUCAUGCUAAAAUGCUGCUUGUUCCAAUGAAUUUUUUCUCUGGCGGGUAGAUUAUACCUCUGAACGAAAACUUUUUUUCCGAGCAAAUUUGAUUUUUGCCGCUUAUUUCAUACUGACAGGUCAUGACACGCAUUUCUGCGGUUAUUGUUGUUUCUGGUCGGCAUGAUUUGUCCUUUAAUGCAAGUGCAUUUCGUUUUUGACCUCUUUUGAAAUGCAAUGCUUUUCAUUGCGGCUAAAUAAGGGUUUUAGGUUGUUUAAUUUUCUUUAAAAAGCCUCAUGAAUCCGAAUGAUUAUAAGCGACUCUUUUUUAGUCCGUGAAUGUGACGGUUCCUGCGAUGUUUUGUCACGCGAUAACUACCGCUUGCCUCGCUUUUGCGUAAUUCAUUACCAGGUUUAGAUUCCUGGUAACUGUCUCCAGCAAAGGCACAACAAAUGGAUAUACAUGCGUCAAUAUAACUAUUCGGAAGAUGUUCAUGAGAUGUAAGCAAGUUUCCCUUUCGAAAUAAACCGAAACCUGUGGACAUUGAUAAGUCCGGGGGCAUUUUGACGUGUGUUUAUUUCAAAUCAUGUCUUGUUUCGUAACGGGCACUCCCAGGCCUGGGGCAAUCCUAAGUUACGAACCAAUGUCUUGCUGUUUAUCACGUAAAAUUAACACUUCAGAGAAAAAUCAAAACUAAAUAUUCUGAAAAUUAAUUCGACACUUCUAAAAAAAUCAGUAAAGUCAAUAAAGCUCUUGUAAUGUAGAGGAUGCCCGGCUUUGUAUUCCUCAGUAGACAAGUUGAGCUUGGGCGUUCAAAUAAUGAGUUUUUUCUGCGUAACCUCCUGCCUGUCUUAAAUUUUCAGCGACGAAACAGUUCUUGAAAGAAAAUUGAAGUAAUUGACAAAAGAAGAAGUAUACGGUUGAUACCAUAUCCAUAUCAUAUUUAUUCGGCUUUUUUUUUUCGCCUUGUAUAAAUUGACCUGGCAUGUAGCGUCCUCCUUCCCUUUUUCUUUAGAAGGCGCGAGAAAAAAGUUCUUUUUUUAUAAUCAGUCCUUUUUUGUAAUCAGUCCCAUAAAAUCCAUUCCAUUCCUCAAAUUUUCACGGGAUCAUUUGCGGUCAUUUUUGGGGAUCACUUGCGGUCGAGGAUCAUUUGCGGUCCAUUUUGGGGAUCAUUUGCGGUUGGGGAUCAUUUGCGGUACUGUACAGUACUUUCUUAAACCAGCUAUGAUCUUGCAGGCAUAGUUCUGAACUAGCUGAGGUUUUCUAACGUUCUUCUUGCUCGUGCUACUCCAUACCGUCGAACAAUAAGAAAAUUUGCUGAAGACGAAAGCAUUUAUAAGAUAGAUCAAUGUUUUUUUUUUUUUUUUUAUCCAAGAGAUGCUUUAUCCUAUUCACUUUCGUUAGCUUAAACAUACAGUCAGAGGCAGUUUUAGUGACAUGUUCGGUAAAGUUAAGAUGGCAAUCUAUAUACAAUCCCAGUAGGGAGGGGGGAGCGCCAAAAAUCUCACUUCCUGUAAAUUGCAUUUUCGGAUCCCACCCCCUCCUCCCUUUAGCCUUUUGUCGAUUGCAAAAGAUGAUUAAUUAACAAGGCAUUGUUGCAUAAUCCCCCCUAUUUCUCCUGCUUCCCACCCUCUCCAGGACUUUCACCUCCCUCGCUUUCCUCCCCCGCCCCUCGUACCCCUCCCACCCCCUAUUUUUUUGGCUCCCACCCCUUUGUCCUCCUCCACUUUUUGAUGAAACAGGGAGGAACAUUUUUCUUUCUAUAAUGCUUAUUGUAAUAUUAACGAUAAAGACUAGGUAUGUCUGAAUCAGACUUCAGCCAAACGUUCAGAGCAAAAUAUGAACAAAGCAAAGCGUGUGAGAUGUAGUUAGACUGUUAGUGUAUCAGUUUCCAUAUCGUUGGGUUUUCAAAGCUGGUAGAAAAGCAAAAGUGACUGUAAAGACUCCCCGCUAGGACACGAAUAAAGGUGAGUGUUGUACAUUGAGAGCUGGUCGUUAGGAGAAAUUCACCUUGGUAUAUUCUAAGAAUGUUACUUAUAAGCAAGGAGUUGAUAGUCACGUCAAUUUAUGGAAAAAACUCAUUCAAUUUCAGAGCGCCCUUCAAAGAAUGAUUAACAGAAAUCAAGGAAAGGCUGGAUUUAGUGUGAGUGUUUUUAUGCUUUUUUUAAAAAAAAUUGCUGUUGAUCAAUUCGUCUGUUUGUAUUUUAAUGUUUCCUGUAUUCCAACUGAGAAUAAAACUGGCCUUCCACGUCUUUUCUUGUUUAUCUCGGCAAACGAAUGUUUUUGUCACCCAUGCACAUGAAUAAUUAAAUGACCUACACAUAUGUAUUUGUUUUAGAAUCGCAUAAUUGAGUAAAAUCUUGCAUUCUGAUUGGUUAACGAAGCGAGGUAUUUAGUGUGGAAUUGCGAGAUGAAAACGAGGCUAAGCGAUAUUGUUUCGCAUCUACGUAAGACUGUCGUCAAAUUCUAACACAACAACUGCAAAAAAGGUUUUCUAUAAUGUCAUUUUAAAAUGUUUUCAAAACCAUUGUCACCUUUUGAAGAGUUAAAAGCAAGCAAAAGCGUUUUUUUUUUAAAGUGAGCCGGAGGUUCUUCCUUGUUUCGAACUGAGCUACAAAUUUUUCGAGAGGCCUAAAAAACCUCUUUCGCUCGCGACAACUAGAAAACAAGAAAAUCCUGUGAACACGACCCAGAAAAUGGCAAGCCAAAGUUCAACCAAACAAAACGGAGAAGCGACAAUAGAGAAAGUGCCAGGGUCGAUUGUCACAUAUACAUAAGAAGAAAUAAAUACCUUCAAAGACGACAUGGCCCCUGAAAAAAACGAAAAAGAGUACGCCGCUUGCAGUCGUCCUGAAUCGUGGUACUUAGAAAAGUACAAAACAGAGCUGAACUUGAACAACAUUUCUAAAACAUCACAAGGUACUUACCUUAUAAUAAUCGCAAGGUUAAGCUUUCAGUGUUUUCGCUUGGACACUUCAUUUCUUUCAGUUUUGCCGCCGAAGAAGUAAAAGGUGUAAAUUAUUUUACUUCUCGAGCAAAUGACCAAUUUGAAAAAAAAUGUUAUAGAUAAACGGCUUGUAAAUUCAGUAAAAUACCUUGUUUACAUGUAAAAAAAGGUUGAAAACAAAUGUAAAAACAAGCAGAAGGUACAAAAACAGUUGUCGAAGGUUCAAACGUGUACGACUGACCUUGCUUCCUAUUCCCUAACACAAUGAAAUUUCUGACAGUUAACUUUGAAAUGGCUUUCUGGAGCGUGCGCUCAGGAUAAAAAAACAAUAUUAUUGCUGUUUUCUUUUUUUUUAUCAUAUUUAUUCAAUUAUGAGAUUCAAGGAAAAUCCAUUACCUGACUCGUGAAUUCCACGUUAAAUUGCACUUGAAAACCGAUGUCGCACGAAUCGCGAAAUCAGUUUUCGCGUGGAAAUCCCUCGUCAGGUAAUGAAUUUUCCUAAACUACUGUCUGUGUAUAUUAUUGAUAACUCUUUAAAAAAAAUUUAAGUCAUCAGACGCCUGAUUUUGGCUCUAGGCGAAUCGGGGAACCACUGUCCACUAGUUUUCCGCGGCAAAACUAAUCGGACGCUUUUGGUCACGCAUUUACGUUGACUCGUUAGUAACGCCUAAACGCAAUCUUUUUCCACUCUCCAGCUGAUUAUAAACUGGUCUCGUAUUAGACAUUUCUAGUGUUUAUUAUAGUGCCUCAUGUUAACUUGUCACUGUUAUUUUAUUUUUUCAGAAACAUCAUUAUAUCCUGGAACCUACCAGCGCACAAGCGAAGAUGAAAAGGAAUGCCAGUGCUCUGCCACUAAGUUCUCAGCAAAUGCCACGUUUUGUGGUCGAUGUUCACGUGGAAAAGAUUCCAUUGUCCUUGGAGGAAACACAAUACAAGAUGCUGAUAACCCUGAUGGAAGGCUUUGAAAGACAUUUCAGGCAAUGCCGAUACCUUAAAUGGAGACCAAAAUGCCCCAUCAAGAACAAGUGAGAAAAGCAGUUUUAUUCCUUUUGAUUAUGGAGCGGCCCUUAAAGUAUAGCGAUAUUUGCUGCUUACAACAGUGUUUGUCUUAUUCAAAUGUUUAUCGAGUGAGAUGCGCUUGUGGUCAGUGGGUUACGUCAGUGUGUUGCUAUUGUUAUUGACCAAGCUUUAAGUGGCCAGUCACAAAACGGGCAAAAUUCAAAUGAACCAAUCAAAUCUCGAGGUAAACCUGUGCAGCUGACACUAAGCGCGGGAAAUGCACGGGAGGUACUGGUUGUCUGAAAUCGUUGCGAGGUUUUGUAGCCACGGUAUUACAAAGUUUCUUUUGACAGGAACUUGAAUAUAAAAUAUUGUUGUGUGAAAGAUACUUUGUCGCCACGUCUGAUAAUGUUACAUGUAGCUCUGAAAAUAUGAGGCAUGUCAUGUUUACCUAUGGUCAUAUAUCUCUGUACUAAUUGUUGCUAUUUAAUUUACUAUUUGUAUUUCAGUGCAAGAGAAUGGUGGCAGUUCUCAGUAAACAGCAUUCUGCAUUCUAUAAAGGAAAGAAAUAUGCGUCAAACUUGGACGUUUGCUGCUAAGCGAGCUCAUGACAUGGUCAAAUACGUAAACAUAUACACUAAUCACCUUGUAUCUGCCACCACAGCGGAGCCUGCUCUUACGGUAACUCAGACACUUUAUUCGGCUAUAAAUUAGACAGUAGAGAGCUUUAGAUCUGAGACGGGGACGACUACGAGUACGAGAUUUUCUCAAUACUGACUGUGCUCGACCGUGAACCAGCGUCGUUUUGGCGGGAAACACGUGAUAGCUGUCGUCAUUCUACUACGAGUUUUAGCGCGGAUGUCAUAAUGGCGAAAACAAGAUAUCAAUGUAAGAAGUUUUAUUAUUGUGCUAUGGGGAGUGGGCUUAAUCUCUUUCGGUAUAAAUAACCGUCCUAACCUUCCUGGGGGAAAAAAAGUGAAAUGAAGCUUCCCGGGGUGUCUCUUUUCUAGAACACGAGCAAAAACGUUAAGUUAAAUUUGGUACUCGUACUCGUUCUCGUCCUCAAACCCAAAGCUCUCAAUUAGCAGCCUGCGCGGCUGAUGCAAAAAGGGGAGGGGGAGGGGGAGGAAAAAAACAAUCCCCAAUACCCCUCAACAGACGUUUCUCCUCGCUCAUCGCCGCUGAGGGACGAUGAGCGAGGAGAAACGUCUGCCGUUCGCAUGCCAAUUUUUGGCAAGUAGGCCUACUGUUCUUUUAGAAUAUCCCGAAAGAUCUCACAAUUUCACAAGGUUAAUUUUUAUGACGUCACACUUAAACAUUGUAUGAGGAAAAUCUAUCGCUUUCGUCUCCUUGCAAAAGCCUCGGCACAUGUGAAAUGCAACGUUUCGACUUUUCUAAUAAGAGGCAACCCCCGAUAUUGUGGAAACCCUUGGGACACCUUCGGGAUACCCUUCCGACAGAGUGUUACUGUCCUUGCUAGUAGCGUGAACUGGAAGUAACGGGAGUGUGCUUCAUUCGAACUUUUGUAACUCAUUUUAUUUUCUGGGCAUCUAGCUGUUGUCCGUAUUGUGGGGGUGUGUUCGAGCAACUCGCUCGCUCCACGAUGAGGUACCAGGAAUCUGAUUUACAUCUUGGCCUUCAUUCUUCUUUGACUUCUGCUAACAAUCUUAAUCUUCCUACUCUUCUAAUUCUUUCUACUUCUCCUACUAGUUCAAGUAUAGUAGCGGUUUUAAUAGCCAAAGCUGGACAUGUUUGGGUUAGCUGACCGGUAGAGUUUCUAUUGUAUAUCUUAUCGCUAGCACUGCAACAGGUUUGCUAAUGCUAGGGAAUAGACUAGCCUACGCACAGCCGCAACUGAUAAGUACCAAAGAACGAAGGUCAGCUCUAACAACACAAACACGACCACCUGUGAAAUCUGACAAUGCCAAGCGAAUAACAUUCCUAAUAUGGCAACAAGUAAAUUUGCGAGCUAAGGAUGAGUUCAAGUACAAGUAGAAACAAAAGAUCAAAACAGGAAAACAGUACGUGGACAAAAACAAGAUUUAAUGAAACAAAAACUAAACUUAAAAGAUACGAUAGGUCUGUCUUAAAAAUAACUUUCAAAAUACGCCACAACAUCCCCCCCCCCCCGCCUUAGAAAAAGCAUCGUCCUUGAUGCAAAAGGACGUAAUACAUAUAAAUGGGAAAUAAGUGCGUUAAAUAUCAAAACAAAACUGCCACUCUAAACAAUAUUAAAACAAUGUCAACCGUUCAAUGUCAAUAGUUCAGUGUUCAAUACAUUGUUCUUGAAUCUUGAGACUUGAAAACUUGAGCUAAAUAAAUUUAGACUUCCUGGAGUGUUCUUGUGAAGGACUUGACUAGAGACUCACUUGAAAACGUUUUGAACUAACAGCAUAAAUCAUCCUGUAGUAGCAUACAGGACGGUUGCUUGAAAUGCCAUUUCAACUUGAAAUGUAGCGGAGAACGCAUAUUUGAAAGACAAGGCUAUCUUGCUUGUAAAUCACUGAUAAUUCUUGUUAUGAAACACAUCUCCACAUGAAGCGAACUCGUCUGAUGAAGACAGAAAGUACUGACCAGUGAUAAGUAUCAACAAGCACAGUUCCGCUUUACCGUAACAAAGAAGGGGUCAAACUCGACCAGACAGAGUAGCCAAUGCCAUGCGGAGUGAUCAAGGUGUGUUUAGACUUCCUGGAGAUUAACAAUCGACCUAUGCUUAGACAAAUUUGUAGUACAAAAGUGACGAAAAAUCACCGACAAGCCAUCGAAGGACAAUUGAAGAAUCGCUGAUUGAAUAAAUGAUGAAAUAUCUUCGCAAGCAACUUUACGAGAUAACUAUUACAAGCACUUAAUAUAUCUAAUUAUCUAAUUUCCGACGUUUAAGGUUAUUAUAACUAUUUACACAACAGCCAGAGAAACAAAACAUAAAUAUUGAAGCUAAUAGAUCAAAAAAAUUUUAUAUAAUUCUUGAAUAAUAACUGUGGCAACUUUAUAAUAAUAAUAAUAAUAAUAAUAAUAAUAAUAAUCAACUUUAUUUAAGGAGGGUAACACGGGACAGUACUUCAACUGAAUAACUAGUGGCCCUCAAACUAAAAUUAUAAAACAAAAAUUAAGUGACAAAAUACAUAUCGUUAACGAAAAAGAACUAUAAAUAUAUGUAUGGAUAAGACUAAAAAGAGUAAAAAACUAUAUUACAAUUAUAGAAUAACCCUUCAGACCCUAACGCAAAAGUGACUGACAACAGAUGGUGAAGUUCUGAAGACAAAAACAUAUCAAAUUCAUGACAUUGUAAACAACAACUUACAAAUAGAUUGUACAGAGACUAGAGAAACAGAGAGAAGGCGUUCUUAAAUUUAUGGACAAAAAUAUUUUGGGUAUUACCGAACUCAAUUCAAGGUAAGAGAAAAUCAAAGAAAUAUAAGCCAAGCAGCAAGGCAGAGUACAAAAACUAGAAUUAUUUUUGUGAUUGGAGAUAUUUAUCAAUGAGACGUCUAUCCAAAAUAUGGUGUUCCGGUUCCCACGUUGAUUGAUUCUUAGAAUAGGUGAGCCACUUGACCAAGUACUCAACCUUUCCAUUUCUCUUUCGAUGUUUUAGAACUUUUUCUGCACUACACACAGUUUCAUUGUCGAUAAGAAUUGCUUCCGGAGUUGAUUCUUUUGCAUUUUGAAGUUGAUUCUUUGUCUUCUCUUGGUCUGAUUCUUUAUUUGACUCUCUCUUUUUGAGGCUGUGGAGACAAUUGCGUCUCAAUACUAACUGGAUUUAAGUCAGUGUCUUUAGGAUUCGCUUCAGCAGAAACUGGCUCCUCAAAACAAUCUUUUGGAAUAUCAGAUUCAUUAAUGUACGGUUCAGCAGGGUCAUCAAAAGGCAGAGGGUCAAUUGGUCUCAAAUUAGGAUCAACAAAUGGCUUCAUACGAUUUGCGUGACACGAAAAAGCAAUUUUUUUAUUGGUGAUCGUGCACAACUGAAAAUAAACCAGUGAUAAUUUCUCAACAAUUCCUUAUGGACCCAAACAAUUAUGCAUUAACUUUUUGGAUAACCCUUUUCUAGUUCUCAGGAUAUAAACCCAAACACGUUGUCCAACUUUAAAAGCAGGUUCUUUUGUCUUUUGAUUGUAAUAAUCCUUCAUUUUCCGUUGUUCACGUUGUAAAUUUUCUCUCGAUAAAUUUUGAGCUAAUCCGACUUUUUCGACAACACGUUUUCGAUAGUCAAGGACUGAAGUGCCUAAGUCAUCAGCCAUGGGAGGCAAAUACGUAACGUCAAUUGGCAAGCGUGGCUCUCGCCCAUAAAGAAAGUAAAAAGGAGAAUCCCCAAUUGCAUCUAAAACUGAAGUCCUAUGUGCAAGCAAAAUAAGCGGUAUGAACUCAUCACAAUCUUUCUGGUUUUUGGAAACGUACAUUCACAAAGACUGACACAAGGUAGAAUUAAACCUUUCUACAAGACCAUCGGUCUGUGGGUGAUAACUGGAAGUAUUGACCUUUUGAAUUUGAAAUAUUUUACAAACUCCUGCAACGACUUUAGAUAAAAAAGUUAGUUCCUCUGUCAGAGAGCAGGACACGUGGUGCCCCAUGUCUAGAAAUAAUUUCAUCAAUCAAAAGUCGUGCAAUAACAGCUGAUUCUACACUAGGCACUGCGAAUGCUUCGACCCAACGAGUUAAAUAAUCACUAAAAACUACCUACUGCCUUUACUAGAAGGUUGAAAAGGACCUAAAACAUCAACAGCCACUCUGUCAAAUGCACCCUCGACUGAAAUCGGAAGUAAAGGUGCCUUUUUCGAAUCUCGUGGAGACUUCCUCAUUGAACACUCAACGCAAGACUUAACCCAAUGUUCUACAUCUUUAAACAUACCUUUCCACCAGUAUCUUUGCUUAAGUUUACUAAAAGUUUUGUUCAAGCAAAAAUGAGCACCGGCAAUACGAUCAUGUACAUUAGAGAGAAUUUCAAAACGUAAUGCAGCUGGGACAACAAACUGAGAAAAAGACUCACAAGCAUUACGCCUUCGAUUAAAAUCAAUGUGGUAAAGCAAAACAUCUUGACCAAUAUAAAAAUUAUGGCUUGUGAGUAAAAUCUUGCGUGCAUCUUUAUCGUUUAGUAGGUAGGAUAUCGUUCUCUGGAAAAUCAAUCAUUGCAGCUAGUUCAGGAUCUCUUCUUUGCUUUUCUUGAGUGUGGGGCGUUUGAGGUUCUUCUUUCUUGAGCGAACUUAUUUCACAAGAAUCAUAAGAACGUCUUGACAAACAGUCAGCAUUACCAUGGAUUCUAACAGGGCGAUGAACAAUAUUAAAGUCAUAUUGUUUCAAAAGUAAGGCCCAUCUUGUAAGACGACCAGAAGCAUCUUUAACAUUCAUUAACCAACGAAGAGAGCUAUGAUCAGUAACAACAGUAAACUUAUGAUUAUGUAAAUAAGGCUGAGAUGUCUUAAUACUCUCAACUAAUGCGAGAACUUUUCUUUCUGUGGUACUAUAAUUUUGCUCUGCCUGAUUCAAAUCACGACCAUUGUAAGCAAUGACUAUUUCUUUUCCAAUUUGAAUUUGUGCCAAGGUAAAAUCAAUACCUAAGCCUCGGCACAAGCUACAGUCCAAGCAAAAGGAACGUUCUUCUUUAUCAAAGCAUUCAAAGGGUUGGCAAUAUUUGAAAAACCUCUUACAAAACGUCUGUAAUAAUUGGCAAGACCUAAGAAACUCCUCAAUUUCUUCAAAUUUGUGGGGGUGGGGAAUUCCUGAACCACCCUUGCUUUGUCUGGGUUGGGACUAAUGCCUUCUGGCGUAACUACGUGACCAAUAUACUCUACUCUUUGUUUAACGAAACUGCAUUUAUCUGGAUUGAACUUAACAUUGGCGUCACGCAGUCUUCUAAAAACUUCCUCCAAAUGGACUAAAUGCUCAUCUACAGACUUAGAGAAAAUGAUUAUAUCAUCGAUGUAAAUCAAUGCAAAACGGUAUUCUAAGCCUCGCAAAAUAUGACCCAUAAGUCUUUGAAAACUGGCUCCAGAAUUCACUAAUCCAAACAGCAUUGUCAGAAAUUCAUAGAGGCGUAGCAAAGGCUGUCUUUUGUUGCGAGUCCUCCUGCAUUUGUAUCUGCCAAAAACCACUUUUGUGAACCAACGUUAAAAACACGCUUGCACCACUAAAGAAUCUAGCGCAUUAGCAACUAAAGGCAUUGGAAAGCUAUCUACUUUAGUGACUUUAUUAAGUUUACGAAAAUCAACACAAAAUCUAUAUGACCCAUCCUUCUUUUUUUACCAAAACAACUGGAGAGCUCCAAGGAGAGACAGACUCGCGCAAAAUAUGACCCAUAAGUCUUUGAAAACUGGCUCCAGAAUUCACUAAUCCCAACGGCAUUGUCAGAAAUUCAUAAAGGCGUAGCAAAGGCUGUCUUUUGUUGCGAGUCCUCCUGCAUUUGUAUCUGCCAAAAACCACUUUUGAGAACCAACGUUAAAAACACGCUUGCACCACUAAAGAAUCUAGCGCAUUAGCAACUAAAGGCAUUGGAAAGCUAUCUACUUUAGUGACUUUAUUAAGUUUACGAAAAUCAACACAAAAUCUAUAUGACCCAUCCUUCUUUUUUUACCAUAACAACUAGAGAGCUCCAAGGAGAGACAGACUCUUGAAUUAUUCCUUUUUCAAGCAUUUCGUCCACCUGACGGUCGAUCUCUUUCUUAGCAUCAGGAGAUACUCUAUACGGCCUUUGCUUCAUAGGUGUAGCAUCGCCAGUAUCAAUGACAUGCUAUAAAGGGGAUGUUCUACCCAACUGAUCCCCAGGAAAAACUAAAACACUACGAUAUUCAUCAAACAAAUUCUUAAAUUUUACGUUCUCAUCAUCAUUCAGAAUAGUAUUCCACAAAUCAGGAAACUCUGAAUAAUCUUUUGGCUGUUGCAGAUCAUGUAAAGAAUUAUGUUGAGCAUCCGGAGAAGGGGAAUUUUUGCCUAUCUCAAAAGUUGCUAAAUCAUUACCAACACGCUCAAAAUUUCCCAAUUUAGUGGUACGGAAAAUUUUAACUUUUUGCGCGGAAGGGUUUACCAUACUAACAGGAAUAGUUGCAUCACUAGAAAACUUUACGAGCUCUGACGCUCCAAAAACUGAGUAACGGUGAGGCAAAUCAAACUUAGGCGUGACCAAUCCAUAAAUUCCCUGACACUGGCGUUUGCACCUUUCGGCAUUGAACUUAAUCUACCAAUGACAACGACUUCUGAUUGAGCGGGAAUAGUAAAAGAAUUAUCAGCAUGCUCUGACAAAAUACAAUGAUAAAAAAAACUUCAGCAUCCAAAUCAUCACCAAAACUAUCAGCAAAGGGGAGGGGAUCCUCGGGGUGGGAAAAUUGAAUAAUGUUCUCCAUAAAAUCAAUUCUGCCCAAAACAACGUCAUGAGUUAAAUCUUUGGUAACAUAGGCUUCAAAAGGAAAAACAUCAGACUUAAUAACAAAAUUUAGCCAUACUUUACCAAGAACACUAAGAGGAGAACCACUUACAGUCGUUGCACAACUGGUCGACGAGGAAUCUAAACAACAAUUUUUGUGACUAAGAUACUUGUCCAAAACUUGAGAACUAAUUGCUGCUACAGGUGCUCCUAUGUCCAGGAGUGCACGAUAACUAUUUCCCUUUAUUGUUACACAUACAUUAAAAUUGUCACUCUCGAAAGGAUGAAUAGAAUCAAUUUUACUGGAUGUGGCAGACAAAGAAACCCUGUCAGUCACGUAAGUCACAUAUGCCCUUGUCUCUGGGCUACUUGUGACAGAUAAGCCACGACGCUCACUACAAACAUUGUUUUUAGCUCCUACGAUAUUUACUUCCAAAUUUUCUUCAUUUUUAGACUCAGGCGCCAACUGUUCUUCUUUUUUAUUUUCUUUUAUACUGACUUCUCGAGAUAAAUUUUCACUUGAAGACUUCUCAUAAAUGACUUCACUUUUAGGAGAAAACAUAGGUACAUUUGGCGAAUAAGCAUUUUCGUUUUCAUUCGGCGAUGACCCGGCGAAUACACGAUCAAAUCUUGUUAUGACCUGAGAAAGCCACUUAAUAACUCCAAACAAAAUAUUUUCAUUAGGGACGUUUUGAGGCAGGCCUUCUUGAGACCACCCGUGUUGACAUGUGACGGUAACUUGAGGUUUAAACAUUUUAAAGUCUGACGAGAUAACAGGCUCACAGGGAUUAGACAAAACACGACUAAACUCUUGAACAUUUUUUUUAGUACCAUUCUCGGCUGAAUUUCCAGAGUUAUCGAAAGCAAAUUUAUGAGAACUAGAUCCGACGGAAGAAUGUUUAUUACUUGUAGAAUUUUCAAGUGCCCCCAUCACGGGUUCACUACCAUACACGAUAGGGGCGCCAGCCAAAUUAACUGAGCGCCAAUUUUCCCUGGUUACAAACAUUUUGCAUAUUGUUUCUCCGAUACAGGCCUCUAAAGUUGGGUUUCGAACUUCCAUAACUGCCCAAUUUAGGAUUCUUACUGAAAACGAUUAAGUUUUGCCGAUCGAAACUUGCGAUUAAUACGACGAUUUCCAUUAUUUUGGAGAUCUGUCCUCCAAACAUUAAAUUCGUCUCCGACAGAUUGUUUGAUUUCCUCUUCUGAGGGGUUAGACUGUAAUUCUUCAAACUUCUCGACUUCUUGACCAUUAUUCGAUUUACGGCUAAGAGUUACUAACUCUUUUAGUCUUGCAAUGUUCAAUGCAGUCUCGAAACCAGGCGGUUGUUGUAAAUAUCAUGUUCAUGUAUUUCAGGCCUUAAACCACGUACAAAACAAUAAAGCCAUUCACUUUAAGGUAAAUUUAGACGAGAGCAGGAUGAAAGAAUAUCGUAAUAGUAAUCGGCAACAGUCGCCCCUAAGAAGUGACAACGUUCUUCUAUUUUUUGCCUCAACUGCCAUAGAGUUACAUUUGAUUCAAAAUUAAUUUUUGUGACAAAACUUGAAACGAUUCAUUGUUAUCGGCCUCUGUUAAAGUUUUAAACCACACGCUGGCUUGUUCUUUUAGAAACAGAGGAAGACCAAGCGCUAAUUUUUCUCCGUCCCAACCAUUUAACAAACCGGCGCGUCUAUAAUUGCCAAUAAACUCACGAACAUCUUCUCUCUCGUCGCCAUAAAAUACUGGAAACUCAACAACGGGCCUAUUCAUUACUUAAAAACGAAACUCUGGCAUUAUUAUUUUGUUUUAAAUAUGACUCUUAUUCUACAUAUGACUAAACUUAGAAAAGAGUUCUCAGUUGCUUGCAAUGGCAAAGUUCCUAGCACUUACAGAUUUCCAGGGGUUGAUCUAUAAGAAAGUUCUUCACCAGACUAGACUCCAAAUUCUUCACCAAAAUAACGGGUUCUCCACCAAAAUAUGUGGGGGUGUGUUCGAGCAACUCGCUCGCUCGACGAUGAGGUACCAGUAAUCUGAUUUACAUCUUGGCCUUUAUUCUUCUUUGACUUCUGCUAACAAUCUUAAUCUUCCUACUCUUCUAACUCUUUUCUACUUCUCCUACUAGUUCAAGUAUAGUAGCGGUUUUAAUAGCCAAAGCUGGACAUGUUUGUGUUAGGUGACCGGUAGAGUUUCUAUUGUAUAUCUUAUCGCUAACACUGCAACAGGUUUGCUAAUGUUAGGGAAUAGACUAGCCUACGCACAGGCGCAACUGAUAAGUACCAAAGAACGAAGGUCAGCUCUAACAACACAAACACGACCACCUAUAAAAUCUGACAAUGCCAAGCGAAUAACAUUCCUAAUAUGGCAACAAGUAAAUUCGCGACUAAGCAUAAGUUCAAGUAGAAGUAAAAACAAAAGAUCAAAACCGGAAAACAGUACGUGGACAAAAACAAGACGUCAUGAAACAAAAACUAAAUUUAAAAGAUAAGAUAGAUCUGUCUUAAAAAAAUAACUUUCAAAAUACUCCACAACAGUAUUAUAGGUGUCUCCGCAAUACGAACCUUAACUGUGGUAAUCUUUUUCCCACCCUUCCCUAAAUGUCAAUUUAACUCUAUACACAGGAAGACCAAGCCCAAAUUGAAGAAGAGCUGACAUUUGAGGAACUGGUGGUUUUGAGAACUAUUGCACAAUCAAAGGCAAAGAGUGAAAUCAGUCAGGUAGGAUUAUGGUGUAAAAAGAUCGUUAAUUCUUAUUUAGGUUUGGAUUUAGAUUUAGAGCACUUUAAUCACAUUGGAAAAGUAAAUGAGGCCAACAAAGCAGAGCCUGGCUUUAAUUUAAAUGUUCAGUUGCCUUGAAAUAGGCAUUAGGAGUGUCACCACUAGAGAUUGUUUACGUUUUCUUUUUUCUGAACUUUUUCAAAACAAUUGAUUUUCCUUCUUCAUAUGUCUGUUAAACGUAACGAAGAGAAAUUAGCCGCUUGCCGAGAAAACGUAACUCUUUACCAUUCAUCCUAACUUAACCACUGAGAUAGUAAACCUACAACUUGAAUUUAAUUUAAGCAUGCUAAAUUGGAUGGUCAAUUCUUCACAAUUUGAACUUUUAGGGCAAUUUUUUAAACUGUUCGUUAUUUGCUUUAUCAGCCAAUGGAUGAAAAGUUCAAAACAUGGACUCUUAGUUUUCCCGCCAAACGAAACCCUGUGGAGAAGGCAUUGCUCGAUUGGCCAAACGUGUUGCAGUACGUGUAUGAUAUCAAAGCGAAGUAUCGAUUGAUUUCAAGAAAGUUCUCGGGCAUGAAGUUUUCUCAACGGAGCCUUCGCUUAACCAACCAAAACCCACGGGCGUUUGUAUCCGUUGGAUAAACCAAUCAAAUCGCUGUAUUUUCGUCUGUUUGUUGUUUCUGUUUUGUUCUCACGUUUUCAAUUUAAGGUUACACAAGAAAUGGCUCUAAUCAAUGACUCUUUCUUCAGCGCUCCCAGCCUGAAAGUGAAGAUCAGUCCCCAGAGUCAGUAAAAGAGGAACUGGAGAAAGCUGGCAGUGGUGGUGCUGGUGGGGGUGGGGGGGGGGGGGGCUGGCAGAGCUGGGUAACUGGUUGGUACAGUUGGUAUGGAGCAGACACUCCAGAUGGAUCUGCUGAGAAAACAAAAGGCAAGGACUCAGCAGCUCCAGCGUUCAUGGCAGAACCACCCACUACGAAAGGUCAGUCACUAGGGAGUUUAAGCAAGUACGUUUGAGCGGCGCAGAUCAACCAGAAGUUAGACGUUUUCCCUAUAGGUUUGCCAUGACGUGUCAGUCCAAAUUUGUAUUGUUAAGUGUCUUUGGUCUAAUAGAUACGCCUUGCCUUGAAAAUUGGGCAAAACCAUUGCUUAAGAAUGAAAAAACUUCAUUUGCAGUUGACGUGCCUCGUUCGAAAACGUCUUUGCUUAAGUUCACUAUUCUGAGACGAAACCUUUUGAGUUUUGAGACAGCAUAACUAUAUGAAAAAAAAAACCACCAGUGUUAAGACAGGAAAAUAAUCAAUUUUGGGUUCUUUACCAUCGGGAAUAUCGUUGCUUUGCAGAGGGUCGUUACGUUCUUUAUUUAUUAAGAGCCUCUGAUCUUUGUUUAACUUUGACGCUCUUGCUUAAGAAUGAAAAAUCUAUCAUUAUGUCGGAUUUUCUUUAUCGCCUUGCAGAGGACGUCAAGUGAGCAAUUUUGGGCUCUUUACCAUCGGGAGUAUCGUUCCUUUCCAGAGGGCCGUUACAUUCUGCAUUUAUUAGGGCCACUGAUCUUCGUUUAAGUUUGACUCUCUCGCAUGGCAAUGAAAAAUCUCUCAUUAUGUCGGACUUUCUUUAUCGCCUUCUUGCAGAGGAAGAGGAGUUCCUUGACGAGCUCGCGGACAAUCAGCAUCUCAACGAGUCAAUCUUUAACCGAGACCAGGUCUUCGCCCACCUGAACUUCAAACUUGAUGCUGGCUCUUUAAAACUGAUCAACACAAAGCAAUCAAAUAGCUCCUCACAGACGAUAGCGUUGCCUGUAGUUGAAGCUGAGUUUUCUGAUUUGAGGUGGGAUUCCGAGAUGCGGCCUCGCUCAAGCACCUGGGAAUUUAACAUGAGUUUGGGAGCUUUGUUUGUUCACGAUAAACUGACACCAGGAACUUUGUUUCCAUCUUUAGUUUGUCCCCAGGGUCGGGAGAGUAAGGUUAGUAAAUUUUCCUUUUAAGUCAAUUCGCCACUUUAGAAACGAGAAGCGAACUGGGCCGAGCUAUCUUUCGCAAAGACUUCUGCGAUAGGGCAAACAAAUUUGCCAAUAGCUGCAUUGCGCGUUCCAAUUAACAAUCCCACAAGUCUUUGCGAUAGCUAACUGAGCCCAGCUUUCCUCUCGUUUUUAAAGUGGCGAUAAGGGCAUGUAAUUUAAUGGGCCAUUUAUGUGAUGAAAGUUAUUGGAAUUCAAGAAGAUUUCUUUUUUAAAAUUUUACCUUGCAGAAAGCUUCGCUUGCUAAGAAGCAACAGGGAACACUGUCAAAAACCACAACUGGAGCCGUGGUUAUGUCUGCAGCCAGCGUGGGCGUUAAUCUUUUACAAGACAUGAGUGAACCAGUGUUUGAAAUAAAGUUUGAGUCUCUGUCACCAACAAGCAAAGUUGCGUACAGGUUAGUUGAUAAGGAAACGUUAUACGGUCAACUCUCGCAAUGCGGAUACCCCGCUAUAACGGACACCUCGAUAAUACGGGCAACAGUUGAAUCCCGGGCAGAAAUAAACUACAGAAGUUUGACUGAGGUAAACUACGGACUGAGGUAAUUUACUGACUCUCGCUAAUCAGGAAACUAACUCGAGGUCCCUGGAGUGUCCGCUAUAUAAACAGUUGACUGUACAUGAGAAAUUUGAGGUGACUUUUCCUGAAAGUAGAAACAUCGUUACGUGUUAAGCUUUUUAAGUCACUUAAAAGCAAGAACAAAAGUUCGGCUUUAAAUCCCGUCUAAAACCUCAUCACGAUAGACUAAUUUCUUAUUGUUUAAAUUCGCACAUAGCUACGAGGCUGAUGAGAAUAGAACAAAUUAAACAAAUUCCAUUGAAAUUCAGGGAAUAUACUUCAUUUCUUUUGUUUUAUUUAUUUCCCUCAGCGUUGGAGGGAAGUAUAAAUGUUAAUAAUUUGACUCAACUGUAAACAUGGUUGUGUUGUUUGUUUGUUUGUCGUUUUUUUCGUCUUUUAAAAACAAACAAACAAGUAAACAAACCAAUAAACAUUCGUGCCCAGCAUACAACAAAACAGAGAUUUCCAGGAAGGAGUGAAAGGAAGUGAAACCCACAACUUCCCGCCCUUUGCGAAUGGCGAUAGAACGCCGUACGUACCGUCCGUUCUGUAGACUUGUGGCAACAUUCUUGCUUUUGCUUGUUAUGUAACUUUAACCUUACCUUCCACCUCUAUUUUGGAUGUCGCUCAUCCACGACAUCCAGGUUGUCAGUGACCACUCAGCCACUGGAUGUCGUCUACAACCCUCUAGUGUUUGAUCACAUCUCCGAGUUUUUCUCCCACACAUCAUUGGAAGGAACUCAAGCUCUUCAUAUUGAACGGCAGCUCCGUGAAGUGGCACGUGUUAGAUACGAGGAACUAAAGAACCAGACUAGAGCUGAACUUGUCCAAACACUUGAUGCUAUGAUGGCAGGAUCAGAAGUGGUGAGUUGUGAGUCUGUUUAGGACUUGCUUGGGAUUAUCGUUUUAAAUGCACAGAGCCUCCUCCUUAGAAGUCAACAGACAAAAUUUCGGCCGAAACGUGAGGCUAAUUGCCGUACGAAGGUAUCUAGCGCAAACACUGGUUAAGUUCCUUAUCAUAAAAUUACAGUUCAGCUCCUUUUAAAGAGAGAGGCGUUAUAUAAAUAACCUAUUACAGUUUGCUUAUUUUUGGUGAUCGUUAUUGUGCAUGUGUAACUGCACCGUACAAACAACUUAAGACAAAACUCACAACGAUAGAAUGGCCAGACAACCGACAAUUUGACUAACACUAACUGGCUCUUAAACUGUAACAUAAGACGGAUAUAAACGCACGUCCAGUCUUCAUAGCCAAUAACAUUACCGCUUAACUGACAGACGAACAAUAAUGUCGUGACUUAAUUGACCAAUCAGGACAAUAACAAGAGUUUAAUACCGUCAAUUAACGUGAUACAACCCACUUUGACUCUGACUGUGACUAUCGCGCAGGUUUUCUAAACGUCAGUCGGUCAUUGUUAACAGCAGUCUCAAUAUUAAACUACACUCACCCGGAAGAUCAUAUCCUAUUUUGGGUAUGACGUAUGUUUUACAUUAACUGGGCGACUUCUCGUGCUCUGAUUGGUCAAGAGCUUUGAUGUAUGAGAAAGUAAAAACCAUAGAAAAUUGUUGUGUAUUUGUUAACUAGAAAGGAUCGUAUAGUAUGAAAUAUAGUUGGAUCUAAGGAUGAAUUUCCCUGCUGUUCAUAGGGUCAAUCAAAGAGAUGGGACAUUCAGUUGGAUAUUUCUGCCCCAAGAUUUCUACUUCCAGAACGUUUUCAAGACAGGAAGUCGUCAGUGGUAUGUCAGCAUCUCUUCCCAAUGUAAUCGUUUGACGAGUUCGAUAUUGAUACUGAAUGUACACUAAGAGGUCGGUGGAUGACUCGAAGUUAAUGCUAUUGUCUUCAUACAAACACAGGUGGUCUUGGUACAUUCCAUUUGAAACAUAUUUACUAUGGUGUAUAAACAGGUCCUAACAUAAUUUUCCGGAGACUGUAGGUUAAUUCCUGUGGUAUUAAUAUUCAAAUGAAACCUCUUCACAGUACUUUCACAAGAGGCUCUUUCCUUUUUACCCUGAUACAGAUUGGAAAUUUGGAUUUGUGCACUUCUGAAACACUAAUAAAAAACAAAACAAAACAAACAAACAAACAAACAAAGAGCAAAUAACAAAACAACAAAACAAAACAAAAAUCGAAACAAACGGUUCUUCUACAUGCUGUCUGAUAUCCUGGUAGUUCUUGUAUUGUAAGCUUGUCGUUUCAACCUUUGCUGGCGUAAAAUUUGAGACCAUAUAUUGACCAUUUCUCAAGUCAACCCCCUUCUCCGAGCACUCUCUAACUGACCAUUUGUCUGUGUCUGUUUAUUGUUAAUAUUUUUUGAUAGGUUGUUAUUGACUUUGGUCACUUGAGCUUUGCAAAUACUCAAGCACUUAAUCGAAAGAAGACAGUGUCUGGAGGACAAGACUCGAGAGCAGACAUGGAAGGUAACAAAUUUUUUGCGUCUGUUUGGCAAGGGGUGGUUAUUAAUUACAUAGGUUUCUGGGAGACUGCCCACCUACCCAUCCCCUAAGCCAACAUUAACCCUUACUUCUCACUUAGGGAAAAAUAUGGGCUUAGGGGAGAGGUAGAUGGGCAGUUUCUCAGAAACACAUAAUGAUCCCGGAGAAAAGAAUCAAUUCUGCUGCUAACGUUUUGCGUUUCUAUUUGAGAAGCGUCAAUUUUAAAGGAUGGAAAUUGUCAUUUACUCGCCUCGGGCUAUAACCUUUGUGACCGUUUUUGACUUAAAAUUGGAUUGAAAGUUGUCUAAUCAAAUGCGGAAUUACAGUGACUUCCUAGGUUGGAUUUAGUCCCACUUGAUGAGUUGUUGUUCAAUACGAUUGCAAGAAAAUCAUUGUAGAUAGUACGAGAGAUGCUAAAAGCGAUCAUUGUUAAUGAGGCAGGGGGUCAUACUAGAAUGUUUUUUUGGGGGGGAUAUGGAAGGCCUCCGCUAUGUCGAAUUUCAACUUAAAUCGCUACAUGUUUUUCUGAAGGCGGUACAUGUGAUUGCAGUUCCGUGUUACAUUGAUUGACUUCAUAUGCACUUUGCAGAUGACUUUUUUGUAACCCCACCCAGCACUCCGCCCGAAGAAGAUGAAGAGUUCAUGUCGAUCACAGAGUCAACCGAGGCUUUAGUGAAGGAAAUGAGCAGAGAGACACUGAUUGAUAUAAUGUAUGAGAGGUAGGCUGAUGAUGAUUAACUCGCUUUUAAGGAAGGACGAAGAUAAAACAUGAGACUGUUAUAAUAGAUAAGAUUCCACAUUCCAUGUAUGUUCAGAUUAAAAUGAGAAGAGAGGUUCGUUUUUUGCACUUAGCUGUUGCUGUUAGCCCUUUUUUUGUUUUCUUUCGUUACAAUCAAUUUCUUUGUGAAUGUGUGGCAAAACUAAUGCAAGAACAAUUAAUGCAAGAAUAGUUUAUUUGAACCUACUUUCUGUACAAUAACAGAAAAGCCCUAAUGCUUGACUGAUUUGAUUUGUAGUUAUUUCGUUUCGGCGUCUUCCUAUUUUUCAGGAACUUAGUACGUUUCUUGAGUCCCUCACUUGCCCAGAUUUUUUCGUCUGAUGUCUUAAAAAAAACAUUGAAAAACAAAUUCAGCGAUAUCAACUGUCGGUCAGUUCUCUGUCAGAUCAUGGAUAAUCGCCAAUGAAACCACUUGUUGGCUUAAACAUGUUCAGUUAUCAAGAGCGAAUAUCAACAAUGUGCGUUUUGACUUCUUCACAGGUAUACUUUAGAUCUUUCUGACAUCCAAAUGGUUGUCUGUAACGUAAAAGAUAACUGGUCAGAAGUAGCGAGCAAGCCGUUCGUGACAAGUGAUGUUCAUGUAGUGGAUAAAUUUACAAUAACUAUCCAAUUAGAAAGGUACGAAAAUCGCAGACACCCCGAUUGAACUGAAAUGACGGUCUUGUUUAUGCUUGACGUUUAUGAUACAUAAUUUGCAAAGUGGCUUCAUGUUAGAACACAAGCGUUCAGAAUCUUAGACUACUUUCACGGUCUUCCUAUGCCAAUUUAUGGUAUUUUCUUUCCCUACCAGCAGUAGUUUAAUAAAGUCACUCAAUAAAAAGUAGGAUGCAGCACUAAUGAUAUGCGGAAUAAUUGUAAUGAAAAUUGAAAGGUCAAUUAAAGAAAGAGGUUAUAUCCUUAUAAAAAAUUCACGUUUUCGACUGUAUGGGUGAUAUUGUAUAGCAAGAUGAAUUACAGUUUUGCUAAGCAUGAUGUCAGGCUACCCUUCAUUUUGUAAAAUUUUACAACGCAUGAACUGCGGAAAACGUUUUGCUGGUAAAGAGAGCAAUUCGAGCGAAAUGUGGCUAUCCGAAACGCAUUUCGAGCAGAAUAAGCGGUAUUUGCGACAUUGACUGCAGACAGGAUAAGCCAUUUUACCAUGGGAAUUAUACAAGCCUUCAAUUAUGUGAAAGUGGACUAAAUCAUACACCUUUGUGUCAUGUUUCACAGGAGACUACUGUUCACAGCUGAUCCCCAGUAUCCUGCAGUAACUCUGUUUGCAAAGCUUCCCAAUCUGAUACUUCACAUCAAUGAACACAAGGUAUGAUGUUCUUUCGGACUGUUGUCUACUUAUUUGUACAAAUUCGUGCGCUGCUUAAUUAGACGUCUUCAUUGCCACCCCCAUUACCAUGAAUUUGUCUCCCUCCACUAUCGUCAAAGUCACCAGUGACCUUACCGUUUAUUCUAGUUGUCUUCGUCAUCGUCAUCAUCAUCAUUAUCGUCACCAUCACUAUCAUUAUUAGUGUCACAUUCAACAUCACCGAGACGUGACAAUCGUCAUCAUUUUCAUCACAAUCAUCAACAGCAUUACCAUCAACACCAUUAUCACCAUGACCAUCGUCGCGACCUUCACCAUAAACAAAACCAUCAACAUCAUCAAAGCCGUCACCUUUGCUACUGCCAUCACCAUUAACAUUGCCCUCGCCACAGCUCGUGCCGUUAGCCAUUAUCAAUUUUUCAUUGAAAUUUAGGCACUUACUACCCUGGGUACCAGAGGUUUUUCCUUGCGUGCGAUGAGGAGCUUCGACACAUCCACUGCCGAAGACACAAGCGGCGAAGUCGCGAGAAAAAACCUCUGGCACAGAGCGCCUUGAUUUACCUUACUAGAUGGACCUGGACCUUGUCUCUAAUCUGUCAAUCAAACGGGCGGACGCGCGCAGAGCCCAGUGCUUUUCGCGCGGAUCAUUUUUAGGACUUAACCGAAACCGGAAACCGCGCAUGAAAAACCUCAGGCACCCAGGGUAGAUGCAUACGUGCUAUUGGUCAGUUCCAAUGGGCCUUUUUGAUUUAGUUCAGGAUGAAUGGGUUUGUAGCGAACAUUAUUAAUGUUACCAUUGUUCCUUUGUUAGCUUCAAGCUUUGACAAAGUGCGUCAAACAGCUGAGUAGACCUAAACCCUCCACUCCAGCACCAUCAGUGGCAAGAGAAAGGGCUGUUGCUAGCUCAACCCCUCUACCCCGUGUGGAAAGUAAGAAUCUUUUUUUAGUCUAUUAAAACGUAGUUUUGAGUGGAGGGUACUGAUUAUGAAAGUCGGCAAAUAUCAAAGAUAAAAAGAAAAGUUCUGCAAUUCAUGUUUGGAGCUCCCUGACGGUGCACAAUCCAUUGACGGAGUAAAUUAAUGCGACGUUUUUAUUGGUCAGGAAGAUUAAUAUGAAAGGAAUUCUAUUGAACGUUGUGCACCGUCAAGUCCACAAACACAUAUGACAAGGGCGUGUUGCUUUGAUUAUUGUCGAGUGUGCUCGCGAGAUGCGAAGUCCUGUGACUACCCAGUAAUUUGUACAGCGGGAGUAGAACCAAAGGCAUUCAGAUUCGUUGUUUGGCACAGAAGCGUUCCUUGAUGAAACGCUUCUGUCCCACACAAACUUCCGGUUGCUAUUCAUUACGUCCGGGACGUAAUGAACGUAAUGGACGCUCCCUGAUAACAAUCGUGGUUCGUUUGAUGUAAUUUUUGUAAGAAAUUCCUUUUAUUUGUUGGGUAAUGUUUCAAGGAGUGGACAGCAGCAUUGAUGACUUGUACUACAGCUUAUACAGUAGCAGUGUUACCAUUCCUGACAUGCUCAAGGAAUCACCCACCUGGUAAUUAGUUGUCAUUGUGAAGUAUUUCUUUCCUUUGUUUAUAAGUCAUUUUGAGGUGGCGCGUUAAGACUGGGUCGGUGUUGGACCGAAUUGCACUAUGGGACUGUUGGGGACGUUAUCGCUUCUUUUAUUCGCUACUUUAAAAACGAGAAGGAAACUGGAGCCGAAAUUCGUCCUGCAAUUGUUUCUGGCAUCAUUACUGGAGUCGCGCCGGCCGGCUAUUGGCCAAUUGUUUCUAUGUCCCAGAAGUCUUUACAAAAGUUAACUCGGACCAGUUUCCUUCUCGUUAACUUUCGCAAAGACUUCUGGAACAUGGAAAAAUUGGCCAACAGCUGACGAAUUCAGGUAGCGUAAACUGCCUUUGAAAAAAAAGAGAAAAGUAUUUGUUGCUGGCAAAAAUUGUUGAGAAAGUGAAAAAGUGCUGAAAUAGCUAGAGGUAGAAAAUAGAGAGGAAAAUAUUUGUGGCGUUCAAGAAAUACUGAGAAUGUGUAAAAUGCAAGGCCAUUGAAAUCCUUCUGAGACAAAGGAACAACCCCCCUUAUGUUCCUUUGAAGCCAGAAAAAAAUAUCCUUUAUGUUCGUGAUUGCUUGCAACUGCGCUUGUAAUCUUAGAGUUAGAAAGAAGAAGAUUGAAGCGUCUGCCGCUGUCUAUGUAAUUUUAAAAAAUAAGGGAAAAAAAGGUUUUGCCGAAUGUUAUGUGCAAAUCGUCUAUCUAAUUGUCACUCUGUAAAAUAUAAGGUGAUGGAAGUUUUUUUUCUUCCUUUUAGGAGUAUCAGUAAGUCUGCUGUGGACAUUACAUUAGAGGACAAAACAAAAGAACUCGUGGAAGAGUCUAGAAUGCUGUUUGUGCAGUUCACUAUCGACAGAGUGUCUUUUGGUGUUCAAAGCAUGGGUGAGGUGUUACUGUUGUACCACAAGCACCGUCGUUGAGAAGCUGAAUUGCGCCCCUUUCAUACCAAAUAUACAAAUUUAAUUAAACAAGGGGUCAAUUUAAUAAAAUUUUACAAGUGUAGCUAUUGUUCUCAGACCCUAAAACAGUGGCUACACUUGUAAACGACACCUGUAAAAGUUUUAUUAAACUGACCCCAGGUUAUAAUAAUAAUAAUAAUAAUAAUAAUAAUAAUAAUAUUUGUUUAUUUCCACCAUUCGCAGAUUUCUCUGAAUUACAGGUAGGGUAAGGUUGAAAAAAGAAAAACAAAAACACACACACAAAAAAACAAAAAACUGGAACACAGGCUUUGACUCAGAUUCAAGUGAACUUCAACGUUUUGUAAUUCGCACUUAAGAGCAAAUGUUACCAUCGGUCAAAGAUUUCGUGGCAACAGCUCAAAAUUCAAUUUGGCCCAUAUUCUCAGUUUAGGUAGACCUUAAUGUAAAAGAAAUCGAUGCAUAGUUCGUUUGGCUAAAUAUCGAUUUGUUUUCGGGAAAAUCAGUAAUAACCGAAUCCUGAGAAUUUGCCACGUUUUUAGCGUACAAUUUAGGUCGAAAAAGAAUACUUCGCGUAGCGAAAUAACACUCUUGUAGAAUGAUACCAAAAUAUGUGUCAAAAGCAAAUUGAGCAAUUCUCUUCUUUUCACUUUGAAAAGAAUAUAAUUACAUUUCGCGAACUCUCUUUUAUCAAGAUUAAAAAAUGCCAAAAAAUAACCUGUAAUCUAAGUAUGUGGUACUAAAUGAAAUACGUCGAAAAAUCUGGAUUUCGAAAGCCGAAUAAUCGCUCUUUUACAUAUCCAAAGAAUUUUUGGGGGAAAUGAUUUAGCGCGAAGAAAUUCAAUUUUAAAGUUGGAUACAAUGCCCUGUUUUAACCGACCUUCCAAUUUAUGUAGUAAACACACAGACAUACAAGUUUUCCAAACACAGCAUUCAAUCAAAAGCGGGAUUGACGUAAAAAUUUAACCAACAUGUUUUAAAAUCAAAGACAUACAUUGUAUUUCUGCUGUCCCUUCGUUUGAUACAAAUCUUAAUCAAACUACAAGAUAAUUUGCCAAGAUAACGCGGCUGUCAUGUUUGUUUACACGCAGCGUGAAGACCAGACGUGAGAUGUUUUGUUGGGAAGUUUUCCCGACCAAUUAUCUCUGAAUUCAAGAUCAGAGAUCAGAUUUAAAAAGUUAUUUUCGUUUGCCUUUUCUCCAAAAUCAGUUUCGAACUAAUAAGCAAACCAAAGGCAAACAAUUUAACAGCCACACCUGACCACAGUGCCUUCAAUAAUUUCAAUAUACGGCUGCUUGCGCUUGCCAGUCAUCGAUGCUACAUCCAGUUCUAAGGCUGCACAGAUGUUCUGCAGUGUUCGUAUCGAAAACUUCGCCAGCCUAGACUGACCUACUAUCUCACAGAUGUUGUAUGUUUCGUACAUGAUGGGAUGCUGAAGAGCUAAUGCUUUCAAUACUUCGUUGGACAUUUCCUCGAUUGCCUUCUCUGUUAUCAGCUCAUUCCUUUCUAGUUCUUCCUCCUCACUGGAUUGUUCCACACUAUAAGUUUUCUUUGCCGACAAGCGAGAAAAAAAUCGUGCUAUUUGUAGUGGUGUGGGAUAGUCGCACUUGUCGAAGAUAUUAGAGCCAUCACUAUGCUUUACUCUUCGCAUUGCCUUUGAGACGCUCGUUGGAUCUGCUUUUUGCCCAGUGCCUUCUCCAACUUGAAAGACUUCAGUCAGAUAGCUUUUCUGCGCCACCGUGAGAUUCUCUCUUUGUACUCCUGCUGACUUAAGAGCCCAUCCCAUCGGUAGCACGGAGCCAUCAUCCUCCACUGACAUAGAUGCUUCUUCAUCAACUAUUUCUGGUAGCACCACGCUCCAGUUUGGUGGCGUACAUUCCAGGGCAUACUUGUGUUUACCACAGUCCAGAUGUUUUUCCAGCGAUGAGUAUUGUAGAAAGGACUUGGCAGAUCCUUCUUCUGGACAGAAAAACAGAUCGCUUCCUUCGUCGUUACAGCUUUCAUCGUCGCCGCUGUUAUUUCUGUUCUGUGGGGCCUCUUCUAAAAACGGUGUUUGCUUUGGUUUACUCCUGGCUUUCGCAGUUUGGAAAGAUACCUCAGCACUAGAACUCUGUUUCUGUUUGUUUAGCUGAGGAAGACUCCCAACUUGUUGGCGGAAGUUGCUCCAGGGUACAAAUUUGCCAGAGCCAAUCCAUAAGCUCUCCAAACAUGCAAACCUUCCUGGGUGUAUGCAAUGUUGUUAAUGAAACUAACGCCCUCACAUUUUACUGGAGUGGACUUUGCAGCAGGUUGUGACCCGCUCAUCACCACCCGGACAGCAGAAAUUCCGCCAGAUGACUCAAUGGCCGUCAUCAUUUGAGAGGUUGUCUCUAUGUCGUGGCCAGAAUUGAGAUGGGUGCGCAUGUGACUUUUAAUUGUCGCGGCCUUACGGUCACAAGAUCCUUUUCCGCCUUGGGGAUCGGAAAAGUCAAACGCUUUAGUUCAAUUGCAUGUUCGCUAGUGACAUGGUAGACUGAAAGUAAUGUAAACGCGCAAUGAUAGCAUCCUGCGUUAUCGCUCCGCAUAUAAACAGAGUUGACUUCUGGCAUGAUUUCCUUAAGUUGACGAAAGACGUCAUCAAUAAUAGCGAGUACAGUGAAGCUAUCCUGGUUACAGCUUUCGAAGGCAUGAACGAAAGUAAACAAUUCAGUUUCAUCAUUUGCAUUCUUCCUCAAUGCUACACUGAUAUGCCAGGGUAUUCCACGUUUUCCGAACCAGUCGCUUUGACUUUCCCGAAAUUUUCUCGGCAGAAACUUCAUGGCCCAGUCUAUCACCACUAACACUGCCUGUGCAUCAAGAUUUUCCAGAAUCUCAUGUCUUGCGGCAUCCUGAUUUAUAGCGCAAAGGAGAUGGGCCUUCCAAGCUUCAAUACUCUGAAUUAACUGUGAGAUUUCAUACUCCAUCUCGUCUCGUUCUUCAGCGCUACAGUUAACACUGCCAAUAACUGACUUGAUUUCACGCAAUAAUGUUGGGAGAAGUUCGCAUCUGUCGCAUUUUGAAUUGUGUUCAUGAUUACAGACUGUGAUGUAAUCGUUAUCUUGAGGAUAGCUGAGGGCAAUGAUCCGCGACCUUCGAUUCUUUAGAUACGUGAACCUUAGAAACACAAAAAGCUAUUUAGCAUAUAUCAAUAAGUGAACAUGAAAGCGCAAUAUACCAAUCUGGCAUUAAGAAAAACGUAUACACAGAUAACUUUGGCUCUACAUCAAAUGCUCAUAGAUUCUACAAAAUCCUUUUCUGCUUCAUUUCUAACAUGAUUUGCCGGGACACGACACUAUAUAAAAAGUAAUUCUACGCAUUAUCUAUCACAGUUUUUUCGGCCACAAAUUCAAGCACCCAUAGUGCCAAGAAAGCAGUGUUUCAUCAUCAGGAAUAUAUCGAAUAUGUCUAUCUUUGCACAAAUUUAAUUUACUAGUCUGUUAAAUCCUUUAUGGUUUAUUAUCCCUUUAAUGUGCACUAACCGUAGAAGCAAAAACAAGAAAACUAAAAUAUCUUAGACAGAAGCAAUCUUACCUUAUAGUCACCUUUUAGGUAGCGUUUGGCUAGAUGAAGUUUCUCUUUCUGCACCUUAGCCCACGUGAAACCCUUUCCAUAAUUAUCUCCAAGCUUGUCUAUCACUUCUUCUAGUUCGUCAAAAGCUUGGGCGCCGUAAGCUGAAACAUAGUCCAAACCUUGCAGAGAUUUUCUCUUAGAUGCGGAACAUACACUGAGAACUUUCAAUAGCGUGCUGCGACUCAUUGGUACGAAGCCCACAUCACUACAGUAGCUUAGAUACUGAAGGACAAUGUGCUCAGGGAUCAAACUUCUAACAACAUUGGGAACCUUUAUUUCCAUAUUUGUAGACAGUUUCAGAGUUUUCUGGCCUAAAGGCAAGUAUUGAAUUAUGUGGGUACUGGUGAUGAACGACAAAAAAUGAUCAAGUUUCUCUGGCGCAAUGUACAUUCUUGUGCCUUUAACAGAUUGCACGUUCCCACCUCUACCGUGGAGUAAUAAAUGAUGUCUAGCUACGUUAAAACGACACCUGAACAAAUUAGGUAUCCAUCUUUGCUAAUCUUUGAAAUUCACCUUAUCCGCCAUGAUGGACAAAAUCUGCCUUCGAGAGCUCCAAUAGUCUGCGUUGUUAUAACGUUCGGCCAAACAUUCCAUCAGAGAGGAGUCAAUAGCACUUUCCUUUUUGUCCGCUCGGAAGCUUCUGCCCAUGGUGUUUCCAGGAAAUGGCGAAUUGGACUAAUAUCUCUUGAAAUCAGGAAUUUGUUCAACUUCUCCUUUGGCGUUACAGUUUUCUCUUCAGCAAAAGAUGGUUCAUAGAGACUACUUUUUAAUAUAGCACUUGUUAUUGGGGUGAAAGAGAUUUCACUUUCCUCUUCUUCUUCUUCUUCCAACUCCUCCCCCUCAUCCUUCUCUUUCUAAACCACAAAACAAAUGAAAAAGAAGAGAAUAAGAGGGAGAAUUUAAAUGAAGGAGAAAAAAUACAGCAAGGGAAAAGGGGGGGAGAGAUUACAAAUAGAUUUAAACAUCUAUGACAAUUUAACGAAGCGUGGUUAACUACAGAAACCAAUCAUUCGUUUCAGUCUCCUCACGGUUAUCUUUCUUUCUGAGUUAUAGUUUAGAGAGAGUAUCCGGAUUAAGACAUGUCAAAAUCCCAUAUGAACAUAAAACUGACUUUUGUAUUACGAAAGCCGGUAGCAGAGAUUUUUUCGUACUAUAAUUCUCUUGUAUCUAGCCUCAGCGAAAAUCCGCGGGAACCAGCCCCAUUUUGAGGAAAAAAAUUAUGAUGUGAUUAGUCACAAUUCCCUUCUCACAUUAUGGAGAGAAACAGAUUGAAUAGGGAGGACCUGCAUGGUGUGUUUUUCCUGAUACUUAACAGGAUGACAGAAGGCAAGCUGACUAUAAAUAGCGUAAUGUGGAUCAAAGCUUACCAGAUUCAAGUUUUCCAUCUGCAUUAACACACUGGCGUCAGUGAAACGAGAAGUCGAACUUACUAUGGCUGACGACUCUUUUUCUUCUACUACAAGCAGCCUGAGGGUUUUCCGACAAGAUGCGCAAAUACCUAAGAAAAUUAAAGUCAAAGGCUUAAACUUAAAGUCAAUAUUUUUAAGAAAACGAACAGAGGUCACUGCAGUGAAACAAAGUUUGCAAAAUGCAAACUUACCCGAGCCUAUUUGAAGAAAUACUCCAGUUUUCUUUAAAAUUAUUUGUGAAUCAAUUUUCCCGAUUCGUAGGUCAUAUUUUGGCCACUUCUAUCCUCUUCUGUCAUGAUUGGACAAUGCCUCUGGAACUCUACAUCUCGCAGUGGAUCCUCUCCUCCAGCCCAAACCAAGCUUUUCGCGAUGUAAUGGACAAAUGGUCAUAGAAUUUAUGUUUGCAGGUUGAGUAAAUACUGCUGCUCUGCUAAGGAUAAGGUCAACUUCGUCCAUUGGCCCGGAAAACCCCAGGCUGGCUGUGUGGUUCGAAAUUGCUUUUGAAAAGGCCAGUAAAGGGAUAAUUUGUGUUUCUUUUUUCCUGUCUCUCGAGUCAAAUCCACACAUUCCUCCUACGAUAGACUUAAAAGAACAGCACACCUCCAUAUUCACGCAAUGACACGCGUCGCAACUCUCUGUGUUUACAAACGUUUCACUAAAGCUGUUACAAAAUGAAUAUUUCUACUUUUGGACUGCAAACAAAUUCUCUCCGUUCGCUCAAAACAAACAAAAACUGACACCCGUUUUUAAAUUAGUACCGACAUUCUUAAUUAAAUUUAUUUGAAAAAAAGUGAUAGCGAUGACGUUUUUAUCAUUUCACAAGGUUUUUCCCAAGGGUAACGCCGCAAAUUUUUUUUGUUUCCUCAGGCAAUGAUUUUUCUAUAGCGAUCAUAUUUUCUAUAGCGGUUCUAUUUGUUUUCCUUCUUUUUUUACUCUGAUAUUUAAUAAAAAUCGCUAAGAUCCACUAGUCACUUGUUCCAUGUUCCAAUCCUGUCUUUCUGCAUUUGUAGAUUUCACUUGAAUGAAGCGGUAUUUCACAACACCCACGUGAUAACAUAUGUUUUUGACUUGAGGUCUCUUGGUUCCGCUUUGGUUUACUGCCCAGUUCAAAACUAAUGUUUCGGCAAAGAAGACUUACGAAAGGCACUCCGAUACCAUUUUUGAGGAAAAUGGAGGCAGUGAAAAUGCACAUCAAAAACCAACGUCCAAAGCAUGCAAAACAAACAAUGCCACCGUGCCGCUAUCCUGUCGUGGGAAAUUAUUUUGAACGAUUGGUUCACGAACCAAAUGAGAAAUACAGUUUUCUUCAUCAUUGAUUUGAAGACAAAAAGGUUAGAUUCUAUACGUUAAAAUAGACCUCGACUUCAUGUACUCUGCUUAACUUUUUAGGUGCUUCUGUCAAGUGCAGUGUGCGUGCAGUGUCAUGUCACGUUUGGGACAGGUUGAAACACCGAAAUUUAUCCAACUUUAAAAAUCAAUUUCUUCGCUCUGAAUCAUUUCCCCCAAAAAUCCUUUGGCACUCCAAAAGAACAACUCUUUGACUUUUAAACGCUACGUUUUCAACGAAUUAUAUGCAGUACCACCAGCUUAAAUAAUAGGCUAAUUUUAGAUAAGUUUUCUUCCCGAUAAAAAUAGGUCGGGCAAACUAAAUUAGAUUUUAAAAGUAAAUAGCCGAGAAUUGAUAAAAAUUGCUUUAACGGUAUUUUUUGACAUCGGUCAACAAUAUGUGGUAGAUUUUAUUGCUCUAGAUUGUUUUACUUUGUAAAGCGAGCCGUCGUUAAUCGCCCUAAAUUUCACAUUGAAAAGGCGGCGUUUUCACAAAAUUCAGUGAUUAUCGACUUUCUCGAAAACUAAUCGAUACUUAGUAAAAUGAACUAUGCAGUGUUUUGUUUUACAUUAAGGUCUACCUAAAAUGAGACUAUGAGCCGAAUUGAUUUUUGAGCUGUUGCCACGAAAUUUUGAAAAUGUUUGAUUUUUGGUAACAUUUGUUCUUAAUUUGCAAUCAUCUUAAAUUAGAAAGCAGCUGUUAUGAGGGAAAGAAUUUAAGCAAGGUUCACGUUUUUAACUUGUUUGAGCUUUGGUUAAGUUAAUGUGGCACUAGACAGCCUGACCUGUUUAUGGCUCGUCUAUAGCUAAUCAUAAAUAAUCAAAGUCUCUACUUUGUGCUAAAUAUUUUAAUUGAAAUCAUUUCUGGCUUCUUCCUCUAUUCGCUAAACAGGCUGCCUGAUAGCUGAACUGCAGAUCUUAGGAGUAAAAGCAAAUUACAUGAAGAGACCAUAUGAUUCCACAAUAUCCUUUGCUGUCCAUGGAGUCCAUCUUGUCGAUGCGAUUCAGAAUUUUGGGCCUGAGUAUGAACUGCUGUUUUCUUCUUGUAAACCGCAACCCGUUCCAUCUUCAAGCAAUGCUAGCCACUCUCGGUCGACAAGUAAGUUACCUGUUGCCUCUGUAUGUUUGUGGCCUUCUUAAAGCUUUUUGCUCAUUUCCAGCGUUUAUUCUGCAGAACGGGCUUUCUUUUAGUUGUUCUUUGUACAAAAAAGCUUUCAAACUAAGGCCAUGUUGAAUUUUUUGCUGGAAUGUUCAGCCUGAACUUAUUCAAAAGUUAAUCUUUGACGUAUGAGUUAUAAGUUAUGAGUUAAUUGAUGCCAUUUACCACUCAGCCUAUUUAUGUGCGUUCAUCUUUGUCUUUUGAAGGUGAAAAGUCCUUCACGGAAACAGUAAGCAGCACAUUUUCUGUGGUAGCAGAUCUUGUCAGACCGGGAUCCACAAGAAAGCUACAGGAAAGUGAUGUGUCUUUCACCAGCGAGACAACGGCUGUUAUGGAGGAGGAAGAUCUUAUCACGUUUGACUACCAGCACUAUGAUGCUGACAGUCCUUCCUCGAAAAGUGUAAAUGGAAGUGGUAUGAAUAAUGUCAACCUGCAGUUCAAUGCCCUUAAUGUCAUCGGUAAGACCUAAAAUGCAUUUCAUGUUGAAAUGGUUCUCUAAGUGUUUGAUUAGAAGAAGUUUUCUCUUCGCUUUGUUUGCAGCUGCCGAAAGGCUUUUAUGUUUACCGGUAUGCGUAUUCUUUGAGCAACAGAUUUUGAGCAUAAUUAUGAUGAUGUCGAUGUCGAUGUUUGGAGCAGUUUUGAGGAUUUUCAAUUUAAAGACAGUAGUCGGCAUUUAGAGUCUAAUAGAUUAUAAUAACUUUAUUACUAUCUUAAUUCUUAAGCUUGAACGUAAACGUUUGUCACUACACUGGUAAUAAUGAACAGGAAACAAGGCUCUUAUAUUAGUCUUGGAAUGUUAAAUAUAGUAUUAAACAGUGCUUUUGUUGCCUCUGCGUCCUGCGUCCCUGACGCAUAAAACUUCCCAAGGACGCAAAAUAAUUCAUGGCAUGCGUCCAGUAGGAAGAAAAGAUCGAUCGAUCCAUCUCAACAUGUGUUUUUGUAGAAAUAUUCGGUUAGUGUAAUUACUGUGGCAGUUAUUAUGGCUGUUGUUUAACGACGCAUACUUUUUUUAGCCCUUGUUGUGCUUUGAAGUAGAAGGACUAUAUUUCAAUUUCAGUAUACUGUAAUACGGAGUUUUGGAGUCUGUCUUCAGAUAAACUGUCUGGUUACAUAAGGACCCAAUUUUGGACUCGUGUUUUGAACUGAGACACGAUAGUUCCAGAUCGAGACUCAUUAUUUUUCGCAAGAUGAACCCCAGGACUCACCACCCCACAUUUUUGUAACAAAAUCACUUAGUAUUAGCAGUGGACUACUGUCUACUCUCCAAGAGGGACACUUAUGGGACCAGCAAUAUGUGUCCGUGUUAGUGUUGUAAAGAGUCAAAAUGAGUAACUAAAAGGAGUAAAGAAAGGCCGGACAGGGACCAUCUCUAGCCGAGUCUGUACUAGCCAUGUGUCCGUCUUAUAGAAGUACCUGUUAAGAUCGAGAGGUUACUGUAUUUCUAACAAGAUGUUCAGGGAUGUACAGCUAGGUAACAAUUGUUUUUAUUUCCCCACAGCAAACCAGGAAACGCUUGCAGCUUUGGUUCAGUUUUUUAGUGCUUCAUUUUCAUCUGGUGAAACCGUUUUGAGCAUGACAGACUUACCAACAGUGCCUGAACAACCUGACAUAGAAUCCCAUCAAACCCAAGCUGAGGUAAGUGUAGUGAAAAAGAAAAUCAAACAACGUUAGUUAAGUGAAUGUAUAUAGAUCGUGUGUUAGAUUAUUUGUACGUUAAGGGAUUCAUUAGAGGCAAUACUUACCUUUUUUUGACUUGAAAGUUAUUUCCCAUCUUUUUGGGCCAGCGCAUAUAAGACUUGUGUCGUGUGUAAGAAUACUGAAGCCCUCCAGAUAAUCAGCCCGUUUUGAGUCGAAGGCAGAUAUUACGUCUACAUUGGAAGUGCGAGCAACCGAAAGGAGUUCAUACCAAGGAAUAUGCAUAAGUUAAUCAAAGAUGAUUUUUCCAUUUGCGGGACACAAAAAAGUUUGUUUGCAAGGUAGUUCAUACCUCUCGUAGCCCCCUAACAUCUUUUCUUACUUGCAUAUGUCUUUGCGUUUUUCAGGAGCAGGUAUCUGAUGUAACGGAAGUCAGGGCAUCAUUUAAAUCUAUCAACGUUCUGGUAAUAAGAAGCGUCAAUGUUAAUGGAAUGAAAUCUGUGCGUAAAGUCGCUGAAGUGGCUGUUGGCGAAGUUCAGCUCAAUGCGUCUUUAGGACAAUGUCAGCGUCUUGAUGGCUCCUUAGGAGGUUUUAGAAUAAUAGACCUUACUCCAGAGGGCUCAUUAUAUCGCACUGUGUGUACGUGCGGAAGUUUAUUCGCAGGGGAUACCACCACAAGAGAACCCUCGUUUUUAUGGUCGUUACCAGAAGACAUGCAAGACGGCCCAAAUGACCAGCGAGCGUUUACAUUUACCCUUGUUAUUCCUCCAAAGGGCGGACAAAGCCCCAGACUUGUUGUCGAUGUUCCGAUGGAGAGUGACGUGGAUGUUUCUGAAAUCGCUAGAAACAUUCAAAUAAAUGUACGGGUUGCUUCUGCCCAAUACACCCACACGUAUAGAUUUCUUUCCGAGCUUUUAUUGUCGGCUGGUGAUUAUGCUGUGUACGCCUCCCAGUUUGGGAAAACCUUACGUCAAGCUGCUAGCAAUGUGGCCAUGGGCCUUGCAAGUAAAAAGAGAGCACUGGCGGAAGGUCUUGACUACUUGUCGUCAUCCUUUGUCACCACAGGUGGACAGGAGGAGAGGAGUCUUGGAAGUCGGCAGGAGAGCUUAUUGUUUGAAAAUGAUAGCGAUGCACUUCGUGAAGGUUGCGACUUUGUUGACAAUAUUUCUUUGAGUCCAAAGCGACGAGUUUACAGCUGUAUCUCGGUUGACUCGCCAAUUGUGCAAGUGCCCAAGUCUUCCUCGAGCACAGAAAUGCUUGUGGCUCAUUUGGGUAAUAUUACGGUUCGAAACACGCACUUGAUGGAAGUCGUCGAGGAAGAAAGUGACACGGGACAUUUGGCUGCGGAGGAGCAUGACAUUGAUCGCUUGUUCGUGGAAAUUAAAGAGAUGAGUCUUUACUGUUUGACGCCAGACCUUAAAGAUUCAUCAAGAACUUCGUCAUUCUCUUCCCCAGAAUCAUUUACAGGCAGAAACGCCCUUAAUUCACCAAAAUCCUACGGUACGCAUAUUCUUGGCAAAACAGCUUUUGAGCUCAUGAUGGAUCGUCGUUCUGAAAAAAUUGGUUCACUGGGUGCACCACUGAACACACAAAAACCAACCAUUCACAUUUCCGGGAAGGUUGCCAGUCCUCUGCAGCUGGAACUCUCCACUCAUUCUUAUCACCAGUUGCUUGACACUAUUGAUAACAUUGGUGGUGGCAAGGAAACAGUGCCUGUCCCUCCCCCUGCUGUGGUACAUUCGUCAUCUCUGGCUAGUCCUGCUUCUCAGUCUCCAAGCACACUUUCUCCAAGGUGACAUGGCACUAAAAGAGGCUAUGUCACUGGUUUCUUGUCUUGUAUAUAUUUUUCAUGCUUCUGUAUCAUAGUUAACCCUUUAAACCCCAAGAUCGAAAUUUGAAAUCUCAUUUGUUGCCCCAGGAGCCCAUCAAAUGGAGCCUCCGUCUCCCAUACAAGCCCUUGGAGUCAACCCUUUCCCGUGUAGAUUUAUAAUUAGAACGGUUCCCAGGGGAGACUUUGCGCGCCGACGGUGGGAAGAGCCAAUCACAACCACGAAAUGACACUGCUAUUGUACUUCGUCAAACAGCAGGAAAUUCGGUGUUGACAGGCCAAACACAAUCAUAAGCUAGUGAAACGUGACUUUAUCGUUUUCAUCACUCAGAGAUUUUUUUUUCUUUCUAGCAGGUAGAUUAUACUGUGGAGAGUUUUAAACUCUGACUAUGUUAAUCUUAAUUUUGGUUACUUGUCUCACAUUAAGAGGCCAUGAAGCUGGUCUAUUACAUACAUAAUAAUUAACUACUACCUGCAGUCUGUAGCUCUGACAGGAUUUGUCUUAUUGUCUAUUAAUCAAAUUUCUAGUUUUUCAAGGGUUUUUUUCCGAAAUCCGUUUAUCUGAAUAAGUACUUGUAGUCCUUGUGGUUGUUUUGUCCUUCAGCUAGUGUGAUGAUUCCCUGCUACGUUUUGUAACGCCGGGCCCAGCAAUUGUUUUCUCGAAAAAAAAGUGAUCUACAGAUGCGAAUUCGAAGGAAGGAAUUGAGCCUAAACUUCUACAUUAACUGCUGAGAAUUGUCCCCUUAGUCAGUCGUAAUUCUUUUGGCGCAGAUACAAUCCAUUUUGUUUUUCUUGAGAUAAGUGGGUCUUUGGACUGGAGCGCGAUGUCACAAAUUCCUCCGUUAGCAAUUUAUUUUUGGGUUACCUUCACGGUCGAACAACUGUUGUCUUCUGUUCAACUUUUCAAGUGCCAGUUUUAUCAGGCAACUCUCAUGGUGAUACAAGUCAGUUGUAAAGGAAGACUCCAAUUUCUCAAAUUUCGGAACUGAAGCAUUCCUCGUUAGUGGCUACUUAGGUCAUCACUUUUGCACGCGUUGCUCAACUGGCGAAAUCCACCUACGGUGAUGACAAAAACCAAAUGAUCCUGGCACUUUUUCGGCGCUGAUCAUCGAAAAGUUCCAAAUCGUCCACAGAACGCUUAAUCGUCGACUCUUUUCAAGGUGCCUUCUUAAAUGUGGGAUGUAUGACGGCAAAAAAAAGAAACAGUCGCAAAGAUAACCUUUCCGUGAUCCUCAGUUCGCUGCCUUUGUCCCAUCGCUUCAUGCUCAGUCUCAGUCGGGUAAUUCAUUAACUUUUAUUUCAUGAUACCCAGAUCCCAGCGGCUGUAAAAUUGUAAAAAUGGACGUAAAGGGAAAAAAAGGAAAACGGUCGAAGGACGGGCUUCUUAGUUCGACUUCAUCCAAUUUUAUUUUUUCACGGUGACACACGAGACUCACGGAAAUAUGACACUUUUCGCGGGAAACUAGCCGUUCUAUUCAUAAAUCUACUCGGGAAAGGGUUGACUCAAGAAAUUAAUGGAGAUGGAGGCUCCAUUUGAUGGGCUCCUGGUUGCUUCUAUUCAUUUUCUACGGAAGUAGUGGGGAGAAGUUUAUAAAAUAGCAAGUAAAUUCAUCUUGCGUGAUCAUGUCUGUAAUUCUCACGACCACUCUGCUUGACAAAGGAUUGAUUUUAAAAGGAGAAAUUUGUUGCUGAUCACUCUUAGGGCUUAAAGGGUUAACGUCUACAUCUUUGGCUUUUCCCUCUUUUACGAACAGCCAUGUUGAGGAUGUUCAAUUCACCAUUUGCACAACUCCGAUAAUACACCUUGCGUGCCCUCUCAAAGUUGCGCUUAACCAUUUUUCCAAUUUGUCCUGGGUAGUGCAGUUGUCCCAAGAGAAAUUGAAGUCAUUGCUAAUGCAAAAUUUUGGGAGGGAAACAAGGUGCAUUGCGUGAGAGGUGCCAAUGGCGAAUUUCAAAAUAUUUUCGUACGGUGCAUAUGAAAUGUCUCAAUCUAUCCUGACACAUAAAAGAGGAAACCGUGAGACAAAAAAGUUUUAAGGGAGGGAAGAUGGUGAUUGACUUGGAUUAUAAACCUGGUAAUUGAAGUGUUCAGCCUAAUUUUACAAGGGCAUAAAACGUGACCUCGAAUGUUUUGUGUCGUUCCACACUGGUCUAGUUAUGGCAGAUAAGAUGGCAGCGUUUUGCGUUUCGUUUAUCGAGAACACGGUGUAAUUAAGUAACGUGAUAAAAUUAAUAAUUACAUGUAUGAAUAUUCAAAUAGAUUGGACAGCUUGUCGAGUUGUUGCGGCAAUAGGGUCCUUUCGAUAAAUCUAAUAUCAACUUCAUAGUGAGGCUAAGACAAGCCUUCUGAUAUUCCGCGGAAUAAAAAGCAAAAUUUCGCGGGAUUUUCACCAGAGGAAAAAUCGGCCGAUUUCGCAGGAUUUUUGCGGAAAAAAAGUCAAAAUUCGCGGAAAAAUCGGCCGAUUUCGCGGGAUUUUAGAGGAAGAAAGUCAAAUUUCGAAGGAUUUUUAUUGGCAAAUUCUUAAAACAUUCAGCCGGUUUCACUGGAAAUUUCCGGGGAAAACUUCGCCAAGAAGUAAUCAGUAAAAAACAGCCGAUUUCGCUGGAUUUUUUUGGCAAAUUUUGCUAAAAUCGAUCAAUUUUGCGUGGAUAUGACCAGCGUUGUUUAAAGUUUUUUUAACAGGGAUAAUCAUUUGCUCUUUCAACAACAAUUCGCUCGAGGAAUGAGCGAAUGCUAAAGCUAUUAACAUUAUGGUUAGUGCCCAGUUUUUCGCAACAUUAAUCUAAGAACGCCUGGUAGUUUUGGGACGUUGUUUACUCGUUGCAGUGACGAAGUUUCAAGAUAAAUUUGGACGUUUGAGGUGAAUAAAACAGGUCUAAUAGCCAAGAAAAAUAUUAAAUACGUUUUGUAUACAUGUAUUUGGCAAUAUUUCUGGCGGAUUUCGCGGUAUUUCGUAAUUUUGGGGGAAUUUCGCGGGUCUGCGACCGCGCGAAAUAUCAGAAGCCCUGCUAAGAGGAUACAAAAAUAAGAAAACCGAUAAACUUUUUCAUUCUUUGAAGUUUCUUUAUUGUGUGCUUUACUAUGAAGUUAAGUUCUAGUAUAUAGUCAUAUCACGUUUAACUACAUCAAUAUGCCAAAGUUUCUUCGCAUACAGUUUAUUUAGCUUAGAAAGAGUUUCUAACCUUUGUUUUUAGUCGAAGUUUGGCCUGAAUCCUAAAGUUUCUUUUGCUUCCUUACAGCUCAUCUGCAUCGAAUCUGGAAGCCUACAUUCCAGAAAAGGUUUUGCCGGAGAAACGGGUAUCUUUUGUUCCAAAUGUCUCAUUUGGAGCAAAUGUUGAUAGCCCUGAAGACCUCAGCAUUGAUUAUGAACUUGAGACAGAGGGCCCCACGCCAGUAAGAGCACAUUUUGAAUUGCCACACUUCAGCAUCAAGCUUUGUGGAGAACUCAACAAAGUUGAACACGACUUCGUGGACAUCAUGUUCUAUGACUUUAUCCUUGGUUAUGAGCACACCAAACCCACAGUCACUCUAAUUGACGUUUCUCUUGGUGGACUUCUCGUGGAAGAUCUACUUCAAGAACACGAUUCGCCUUAUCGUCAUCUCAUUUCCUCUUCUUCUCCUCGUCAAUUCCAUUUACGUGAACGCUCGCUUUCUGCCUAUCCCUCCAGCCUCUCCACAUCCUGCCCCGUUGUUUCAGAUGCUGGGUUACGCUCUAAUUUCUCGUCCUCCCUUCCACACUGUCUCUCCACUACUCACCAGCAAAGCCCGUUUCGCUCAUUAGCUCCCUUGCGGCCACUCAUGGAGACUCAUAAAUUUUCAUCUCUACCUUCUGUGAACGCCUCCAUUGAUAGAAAUUCAUCCGUGGAAGAUGUAAACAUUGUGCUUAAAGAAAAGAAGAGAAAUAAUCUUGUACACAUUCAAGUUCUUUUGGUUGACAAGAAAGACGACGAAUUUAGUACCAAGCACAAUUCGGUAGGUAAUCUUUCUCUCGUUAUCUUUCUUUGUCAGGUCAGGUCGUACAUAUUCGGUGUCAAGAACAAGGCAACAAAUGUGUUAAUUUAUAUGAAGAUACCAAAAGCUGUUGUCAAAAUGACUGUCGCUUUGGGGAACAGGAAGCCCGCGGUUGUUUUUAUGAAAGUUAAAGAAAGGGUGGCAUGCGGGAAAAAAAUGGAGAAAAGCAGACCACGUUUAAUUGGUUUAAAACAACACAAUAGGAAAUAGACAAACACAUCCAUAUUCGACUGAGACGAGACAGUGACUUUAAAAGGCCAGCAGUCACAAAAGAAAGUAGAGUAACGGAAAUAAUGCUACACACCGCAUGGCCUUGUGAGAUUCUUUUGGUUGGUUUUUUCUUAAGGGAAGGGAGAAGGGGAUUAAAAAGGCUUCUUGCUCAUCCCGAUAUCAUGAUAAAAUUUACUUAAGUCGACAUCUUGUUUGAUUCAUGACGGACUUAAUUUUUUCAUGUUGUUUGUUCCUCUAGGUAAACCGCAUGAUUGAUGUGGAUUUUAACUCACUAGAAGCAAAUCUAAAUCUCCAGACGUGGGUAAUUGUGUUAGAGUUUUUUGGAAUUGGAGUUCCACAGCAGCCCCUAAGCUCCCAACCCAGCAGCCCCAGUGCACAAUCAAAUCCAUUGGACAAUGCACUUGAUGGAAAGCAACUUCCAGUGGAGAUAGAAGGUACAUAGAAACACUGCUCAUGAAUUGUGCUAUUCACGUAUGUGAAUUAUUUUAGGCCAAGAGUAUCCACCAACUUAGGUAAGACGUCCUUUAAAUUCUCCGCUCCAUAAAUCUAGGAGAAUGUACCGCCUGGUCUCAAGUGUCUGCCAUAUCAUAAAUAAAAUAAAAAAUAAAAAUAAAAUUUCAUUGAAUCUCCCAAUCAGGGUUUUUCAGACCCAACGUACAUAAGCAUAUAAAUAAUUCAUAUUAAGGUAAAAUGUCUAGACGUUAAAGUUAUAGUAGUAGAUAAAAACUAGUUGACAAGAAAUGAUUCGAAAAGGAAUUCUCUUAGUUUAUUUUUGGAAGUACGCAGGCUGUCUGCAGCAGUGAUCGCACGUGGCAAUGAGUUCCCGAGUUUAAUUGCUCUCUAUAGAAAAGUUCGCUGACUUGCAGCCGAUAAGCUGGAAUAUUAAGAUAGUCCUUAUUUCUUGUGUUGCCACCAUGAACAGUAGAUCUUGUCACAAAACCAUCACUCAAGUAACUAGGUGCUAGCCCUUUCACACACUUAAACGCGAGAACGCCUACCGUAUACGUCAAAAUAAUAACUCACAGGGAGCCAGCGUAACUCCUGAAGAACCGAUGUUAUAUGAUCAAAUUUACGUGUAUUAGUGAUUAUUCUUGCGGCAAAAUUCUGGAUUUUUUGCAGCUUUGAGAUACUUUUCUUAGUUGUGCUAGACCAUACUGGAGAACAAUAGUAAAAUGUUACGAAAAAUUGUAUUGCGUGACUAGCGUGACUUUCUAGAAGCUUCGCGAGAGUUCAUAGUUUGUUUAUUUUAGGAUCUUGUGUAAGCGUUUCUAAAGCGGUAUAUUUUGUAAUCUUUCUAUAAUUAGACUAUUUGGAAGGUUCUAGAAUAUUAUUGUGAAAGUAUAUAAGUAGGCGAGUCCGAGUUAAGUUUUAACUAGUUUUCACAAGCAAAGAGAGUUUGGUGUUAGUCGUGUUUAGUCAAGUAUGACGAGGGCAGUGUUUAUUCCAGUUGGCGGAGGCCGUGUAAGUUUAUCAAGUUAAGUGCAUUUGGCGGAGGCCGUGUAAGUUUAUCAAGUUAAGUGCAUUUGGCGGAGGCCAUGUAAGUUUAUCGAGUUACGUGCUGUUGUGGAGUUUUACUUCGUGGAAACCACGUUCAUUUUUGGAAUAAAUCUUCUUGUUGCCGUUCCGACAACCCUGUGUUCAGUUUGGUUUGCAAGCUACCCGUCCUCUAAAAGAUUACCCGCGUAAAAUAUAAUUUGCUGAACACCAGCGCAUUUAUAACAUUCUCCAAUAUCCUGGUACCGAGAAGAUGUUUCACCCUAUUUAUCUGACAUAAACUACCUAAACAUGACGAGACAGUGUUUGUAAUAUGUUCAUCAAAGCUAAGGGUGGAGUCUACUUGAAGUCCCAAGUCUCGUGAAGAGGAGGCUGUAACUUCCUUUCCAAGUAGGGUGACGUGAAAGUCUGUAGGUAGUCUCUGUAGUAUUUGUCGGGUUCCCAACACCAUCAACUUGGUCUUGUCUGGGUUGAUCAAAAGACUAUUACCAAGACGCAAUCUAUCAUAAGUUUAAGAACGUCCUAUCUUCUAACCAACCAAAUCUGACCUUGCUUAUAUGUUCUGUCACUGAUAUUACCUGAGAUUUUAUCUCCUCUCUUUACUGCUGCCGAUUAUCUGAACAUGACGGUGUACAACAAGAAAGCUCUUGCUACUCUGGGCACUGUACACAAAUGAACUUAAUGUCUUUUAGUUAAUUAUUAUUUAUCACCUACUUUAUUUUCCUUCCUAUGUACACUUGUGUAAAUACCUUAUAUAGUGGGAAAUAAAGAAUUGAAUUGAAUUGAAUUUGACAUCAUAUAGUAGAGACUUUCAUAGGUGUCGUCAUCAUUAGCUAUACGCUGCAUGGGUGCCAGAGGCUUUUUCUGACCUAAUAGCCCAGCGUCAGCGAAGCCUGCGUGUCGGGCGUUUUAAUCUUAAGUAUUUUGAGAACGGAACUCUGGGGCUAGACACUACCUACACAGGUCUUGUGCCGUGAAGGGUUCCGCAGGAAACCUUCCCUGCGUAUUGCAAGUUGUGUUUAGUUUUGUAAUAUUGGGGUAAAGCGGAUCGGAUGGAACACCGCUGUUAGCAAUUCACCAAAAUUCUUCGACUGCAUCUAUUGGGAGAAUUUUCACAGCGCUCACGACAUUUUUCGACUUCUCAAUGUGGUGCUUGUUAAGGUUGGGGAGAGGCACUCACGUAAAACCCCUUAUUGAUGAAGCGUUUUUGAACAUUGCCUGGUACUACUGCUUUUUCAAUGCAAAAUUUCUGUUUCUUUUGUUUCUCAUUAACAGGUGUUGAAGAACCGGCAGAGAAUGAAGGCCUAAACACAGAAGUCAAGUUCCAAGUAUCGGCGUUAACCCUAGUACUGAGUAAAAAGAGAUAUCCCCUAGCCAAGGUGAAGGCGUUUGGACUUUUUACUGAUAUAAACAUGCGAGACGGUAACUUAGCUGCAGCAGGGAGACUCACUAGUGUAUCAGUAACUGAUAUGUCUCCGCAUGGAACUUUGUACCGGGAAAAGUAAGUUUGUAUGUCGGCGUUGUCAAGUCAUUGCCGGUGAUAUCUGUAUGUUUUUUAUCUCACAUAAUUUCUAGGACGUUUGCCGCAUUCCACACGCUACAUUCCACAUUUCACAUUCCACAUCCCACAUCUCGCAUUUCGCUUUCCACAUUUCACAUUUCACAUUUCGCAUCCCACAUUCCUCAUUUCCUCCUUUCGCAUUCCACAUUCCCUAAAUCAACAUUUCACCCUAAACGAGAAGUAAGUGUUAAUGUUGGCUUAGGGGAAGGGUAGGUGGGCAGUUUCCCAGAAACCUAAAUUGAUCCAUUUCUUCUGCAACCUCAUUCAGCAUACCGCAUACCGCAUUCCGCAUUCCGCAUUCCCGAUUCCCCAUUCCCCAUUGCACAAUCUGCUUUCCACAUCCCGCAUUUCUCAUUUUGCAUUCUUCAUUUUUUAUCUGGCAUUCCACAUUUUUAGGUUCAAAACGUUCGGGGACGAAGCCCUGAGUUUCAAUUUCUUCAAGUAUGGCAGUCCAGACCCUGAUUUACUGAGAGACCAAGACAUGAGUCUAAAGUUGCGCAUGUCAUCUGUGCAGUAUGUACACACCAAGAGAUUCCAGACAGAGCUAGUUGUGUUCUGUCAACACUACCUACAACUCCAGGAGGUCUUAGGCAGAAUGAGGGCUGCUUCUGAAGGCAACGAGGUAGUAUGAUGACUAAUAUGUUAUACACGAUAAAACGUAACUUUUAAUUGGUACCAGUGUAUAAAAAUAGUACCUCGUGGGUAAGGGUACUGCUGUAUGCAGUUCUCUGCGUUGUGGGACUCGUUACCUUAUAGCAGUCCUAGCACGCCCGACUGCUCAGGUGCCCCGUUGGGCGGGGAGCGUUUCCAGGGGGUCAGGCGUACUGGUGUACCCUCCUUCAGGCGUUGCUCGGCAGAGCCAUUGCACUACCGGGUUCGUGGCCGGGGGCGCCUAAAAAAAAGCGUGGCUUCACAAAUUAUUGUAUGAUUGUCGUACACUUUAUCACAUUCCACACAUGAAAAAUGAGUUUUACAUCGCUCACACAAAAAUUGCAUGCGUAACAGUGUUCAAGCUUGUAAAGCGGAUCGCAAGCGUUCUUUAAAGCUCCUGAUUUUAAGAAAAAGUGAGUCAAAUGGUUUUACACGAAACUCGAGUUCCCGUUUUUUUUUUUUUUUUUUUUUUCAGAGAGAUCUUGAAAUGGGCUCGACGGAAAGGCUUUAUACCUUACAUAACAUAACAUAAACUUUAUUACGACUUCUCUAUACGGGGCUAUUCUGUCGUAAUAUACGAUUAAAAAAAUAUACAAUAAUAAGAUUACAAUGGGGCAAAAAUAUUUUCAUCUGUUACAAUAAGAAAUAUUUACAUGAGUUUAUAUACAGUCAUGAUAAAUGAGGUUCAAUGUCUUUAGGAGGAGUUUCCGAGAUAGUGGGCGGAGACUUUCCUUAUAAAACUUGAGAUAUUGUUUAAGUUCCGAAUGUUUUCUGGCAGUCGGUUGUAUUCUUUUGCCCCACGAAAGGCGAAAGAGCGUUGACCAGUUGAUAAUCUGCAUUUAGGUAGAUUUAACCGUGACAUGUUUCUAGUGCUGCGUCGUGACACUAAAUGUAACAUGAAAUAAAUUGCAAAGAUAAGGUGGUGCGUGAUUUGUCCUACACUUUUGAACCAUAGUAACAGUAUUUAAUAGAAGUUUUUGACGGACGCUUAGCCAACCGAGGGAUUUGAGCGCAGCAGAGACAUGAUCGAUUUUUUGAUACCUAGGAUCUGCAAGCAAAGUUCUGGAUAAGUUGAGGCUUAGAAAUGUUUUUGCUGGAGGUGUUACCCCAUACGCUAGAACAAUAAAAAAGCCUGCUAAAAAUAAGAGCCUUGAUAAUUAAAGAAAGUGUUUUGUUUUUUUUCUUGCUUAAGAUGAUAAAAUGACUCUAUUGGUCCAGUUGAUAAGCAAGAAGAUUCUUACCUGACCGCUAGAAUGAGAAAUAGUUUUUUUAAAAAAUUCUACGUCUUGAAACUCGUCUUGCCACUGAAUCCUUAAUUCUUUGACUUGCUUAAAAUACUAAAAUGACUCUAUUGGCCCCGUUGAUAAGCAAGAAGUUUCUCAUCCAUUCCCCCACUAAGCACCCCCUUUUUUUCUUUACAUCACAACAGGUUUCGUGGAUGUUUGGUAGAGGAACACGAGUUACACUAGACGUCAAAGCUGGUAAUCCAGUGAUUCUUGUGCCUCGCUCAGCUAAGUCCGGUCACAUGCUGGUGGUAGACCUUGGUAAUCUCUCUGUGGCCAAUGACUAUAGAUGGGAUGGUUCAUCGGGUACUUUGAGUCACUGCAUGAACCCACAAAGGCCACAAUAUCAAAAUGAUUCCGGUAAGUCUUUGGGUACUGAUUCAGACGUGAAUCGUCCUUAAUUGCGGGCGACCAGAAGAGCCUGCAGUCCUAAUCUCCAGGUUGUUUAAAUUCACGGCACGUAUCUAGUCACGAAAUCUAAUCAAGCGUGUUCGACCUUCUAUCACGUGAAACUUACGCAAAGCACAGCGUUGGAGCAAGAGCGUUUUGACCUCCAAUCGUUGUCACCUGCACUCCAUAACCUUCGGUUAUUAUAGUAUUAAAGCAGGCACUGACCGCCCAAAAUAAAUAAAGCAGGUGUCAAUGGCCAAAAACAUCUCUGACUGUAGCAUUAAAGGGUAUUAACUUGUUCAUUGUUUAAUUUUGUUGUUUUUCAGGACCUAACCAACCUCAGCAUGUCUGCUUGUUGGAUAGUAUGCGCAUUGAACUAGUGGAUAUCGAUCUGUUUACAGCUACAAGAAUAGCAGUCAAUAACCAGAAGUCCUCCGGUGAAUUCUCUUACAAAAGCCAGGUUUGACAAAACGUUUUGGUAUAGAUACAAGAAUGUCUAAACUCCUCGAUGUGGUUAGCUUUUGAUGGCACAAAUAGUGUUCGCUUAGUAGAGAUAUCCACAUUGAAGAGGUUCAAAACUCCGGCAAUACCCGAGUAAGAGUUCACUAGUGGUGUGUCUCUUAGCGUAGGCUAGGGUCGUUGCAAAAUUCUUGCUGGCUUUACUAAAACCGUUGUGUCAUUUGUGAACAGGGAUUGAAGCUGUUCAAGGAGAAGUGCAGACUUAAUUUAACAGUUGAACGUAACUUGGACUGGGCUUUCAGUAGAGCAGGUAUGCAUGAUGAGCAUUUUUUGUGCUCUUGGUGAUCUUUUAUUUCCUCAUGGGCUGGUCUUCUGACCUCUCUUUAGUCAAGGAAGCUAACGUUACGACACGAGCUGUGGUGGCUUGAUCUUACACUGGGGAUGAGCGGAAUGUAGACUCAACCAAACAUUGCUUUUUAUUUUCCUUUUCAGUUCCAGACAUCAACGUCAGUGGUCGUUUGUCCUCGGUGGGUGCCUCGGUGGAUUAUGCACAAUACUGUUUUAUUCUUGGAAUGCUUGGAGAGAACUUUGGAGAACCUCUUGAAGAGUUUGAAAGACCAUCAUCUGUCAUCCAAGAUCCAUUAGGAAAGGUAAUAGGAACUUUUUCUUUUUCGUCUUGAACGUCUUUGCUUCACCCAAAAUAUUGGUUCUGUUUUUCACUGUAAUGCUAUUUUGUCCAAUAUCAUCGUACAUUUUGUGGUUUUGGACACUUUGACUUGAAAAUCAUUGACAGGAAAUUUGGAAAUUUUUGUAUAGCUUCUGUAUGAUCCUGUAGGUGGGGUUGGCAGCAUGCCACCACAGGUUAAAGCAUUAAACCUUGGCGGCCAUGUGUCUAUUGAACUUUGCCCUACUGAAUUGGUGAUCAUUCAUUUGCCCUUUUACACCCCCGAGUACACAGAUACGAUUCAAAGUUGACAAAAUACCGUAAAGUUCCGAAAAUAAGCCCCGGGGCUUAUAUUUUUCAAAGGCCCUUUUCGAAAGGGCUUAUAUUCGGAAGGGCUUAUCUACGGAGGGAAAAUUGCGUUUCAAAAUCGAUUGGGCUAGCCUUAUAGUUAGAAGUAAAUUUACCGUUUUUGCUUUGUUUUACUUUGUAUUGAGGACAAUUUUCCAAGUACAAGCCCAGGGGGGCUUAUAUUUGGAGGGGCAAUUUAACGGAGGGUUUUUUGCGUUACCGGGUUUGGGGGGCUUAUAUUUGGAGGGGCUUAUACAUGGAGGGGCUUAUUUUCGGAAUUUUACGGUAGUGUCAAGCUUCAUUUUGGAAAAUACUGAAAAUCGGAGAUACUUCUUCAUGACGUUUUACCGACUUCAAAAGGAGAAAAUAAAGCUUUCCCUCCCGAUUACCCUCCUUGCAAUGUUGUGCCGCUGUUCGAGCUACCUUUAGAAAACAAAAAUUUUGUCGCUGAUUGUAGUUUGUACCGGGGCGACGGUACCGCCGAAUUGGUUUCAUGUGAAUACCUUCACCAUAGCCCAUUGGCGACUUUGCAGCUGACUUAUAGAGAGACAGGUUGAAAUUGUUUGGCGGAAGCAUUGAGUAAGGGCCCUUAUUGUUCAUGCUUUAUUUUACCAUAGUCAUGAUUUUUCUACCCUAAGUCCUCUUUGUUACCCAGCCUCCAGAGACAGAGGAGGUGUGGACCAGCCUACGGAUGAGAAUUGAUCUCAUGAAUGUCAGUUUGGAAUUGCAUCCUGUUCAACUAUUUGAACAUCCAGAAGACUUUCCUGACCCCAGCCACCUUCCCUCUUUGGCCAGAAUAGACUUCAUCAAAUCUAAGUUCGAGUUUGAAUCUUUCUCUGACUGGUCAAAGACGAUUGACCUGGUGUCUGAAGAGGUCAUAUUUGAAGAUACCAGGCAAAAAGGUAUUUCCUCUCUACUGGCAGUUUCGUUCAAGUAUUUCCCUGACACACAGUGAUGUUUUAUUUCGGUUUAAAACGUUUGCUUAUUGAAAUGCAUUCGGCUUUCUCCAUGAGACGGACACCUCUCCAAGGCAUGAAUAAGGGAUCUGUUUAUUUAAACCUGGCAAUCGAACUCGAAACUUACCUCACAAGAGGCAGUAGUGCACUCACCUGUGGCGGAUCCAGACCUUCAGAUAAGGGUGGGGGGGUGGUCGUCCAGACCCUCGGACUACUCCCCUAGAUCCGGCACUACUCACUGACCGACUGUGCUAAUCCUUUCACCAUGAGACGGACACCUUUCUAAAGCAUACAUGCAGAAAGGGUUGUUUAUUUAUAUGGAGUCUAACUUAGGCCGCGGUUUAAGAAAUCAUUGUAGUUCCAGAUCCCUUGCUAAGCGGGUUAUUUUUAGAAGAUAAGUGUUCCUCUAGUUUACCCUAUAAGCUACCAUGAAACUGUUCACGGUAAACGGUGUUUAGUUAAAAGCGUUUGUCAAACUUAAAGUGGCUUAGAACUCGGGUUUUUUUGCACUGUGACGAUCUCUGUUAAUGACCGGCCUUUAAAGUUGUUUAUUGUUUUCUUUGUUUAGCUAUUUAUCUUUUGACACAAUUUAAGGCGGCCGCGGAUAACUCUCUUGGACGGACUCUAAGUUUUCCGUUCUAGCGAUGAUUAGUCGUGUCUAACAUUAUUGAUAUGGAGUUCAUUUUGCUUGUAUUUUGGGUCUGUCCGGUCCUCAAGUGUGUGGUCUAUUUGCUUUUGGUUUUUCCCCGUGAAAUAUGUUACAAAGUGGACUGAAAGUAAUUUGGUAUCGAUAACAUUAAAGCCAUACAAAUGAAAAUAUAAUAUUCUCGGAUUAAAAAUUAAGUACUUUUUUUUCUGUCCUAUUUUGUAAGGAAUGGACCUGGAUGAUUCUGACUCGUGCAUCUUCACUGGAAUUCUUUUACCACGAAGGUCAUCUUUAUCAGCUCGCGAGCAAGAAAACUGUCUUCAGUUUGAAGUUCAUUACCGAGAUACAACAAAAAGAACUUUGCUAACAUUCCUGUUUGAUCACAGCCGUGUUGUGUUGAUCAUGGACUACCUUUUAGAUACGUACAACUUUAUCAUGUGCCGGAUGUUCAAGACCAGCACAGGUUUGUAAGUUUAGCUUUUGAUUGCAGGCGUCAAGAGGAGCCUUGCAAUCCUAAUCUCCAGGUUGUUAUUACGCAUGCGUCGCAUGUAUGUAGCCAGCAUUCGUUUGGACUUCCACUAAGAAUGUAUGGAAUGCACAGAACGCACUUUGAUCACGCGCGUUUGGCCCUUCUAUCACUCGUUAUCUGAUCACGCGUAUUUUCACCAUCUGUCAUGUGAAACGUACUCAAAGCACAGCGCUGGAGCAAAAGCGUUUUGGCCUUCCAUUGUUGUCGCCCUCAUUUCGUGACCUUUGAUUAUUACUAGUAGUAAUAAAGUGAGAAGGGUAUGGAAUAUUCCCUUCUCGAUGAGGCAGGGCUAAAAAAAACUUGAAUUCCAGCUUGUCCUUUGCUUAAGCAGCUAUCAUAUUUUGCUUGACCGGGUUCACUUCUUCCUCAUUUCAGUCAAUGAUUUUGUUAGAGGACGUCUUGCCAGAACCCUUGCGCAUUGGGCAAGUAAGCUUUAAAAGUUACUUGCCCAGCAAGAAAAUUAGGGAGCUUAACCAACGAUGACGGCGACGGUUACGAAAAGGUCACUUAAAAAUUGAAUUCCUGCUGCCUCAAUUCGUCAAAUGUUGUCAGACUUUUUUGGAGUUGAAUUCUAAAGGACUGUAUCAAAGUUCAGGAAAAAAAAAGAAAGUUGUUGUCGUGUGUUCUCGUCCUCGACAAAACGUGAAAUUAGGCACUUUCACGUUGUAGUCUUGCAAAGACGGCUAAGAAAUGUACAAAAAGCGUGAUCACGUGCAAAGUUGAUGUUCUGCCAAUGGAAACCUUGGUCGUUGCCGUCGCCGUCGUCGCUGCUUAAGCUCCCUAAUUACUUGUGCCGGACUACCGGACAAGAAUUUUUUCUAGCUCCGUGAGUGCUUCUUGUCUCAGGUUUAUUUUAGUUGUCAUUGCCCUCCCAAGUACUUCAACGAUGAGCCUGGUAUCGCCCCAUGUAAGGGAAUCCAAGACAGUCUUGGAUUCUGGAUUCCACGCCGUAGAUUCCAGAUUCCAAGUACUAGAUUCCAGAUCUAUUUCAGUGGUACUUGGAUUCCGGAUUCCUACAGCUGUAUUCCGGAUUCCACUAGCAAAAAUUUCCGCAUUUCGAAAUGCGGAUUCUCUUAUAUGGGGAGACUGGUAUCUCUUGAGGUUGGAUAGGUUUGUGGUCCACUUCGUCUAUACGUAGGCAUGGUAACUUUCAGCGAAAAAUGUCAGCCAGAAAUUACAUGAUCCUUCAAGCACUGGCCUGCAAGUUAUGUGCCACGAUUUCGGGAAGAGAGAGAGAGGGAGUUAUUUCAACAUCCGUGCAUGCGUCAGGCUAGCGUAUCGCAAGUGAUGACACGACGUUUGAAGAUGAGAAACAGAUGGUUUACAGAGAGGCCGGAAGUAGCCAAUUCAGCCAAUAUAUAUAUAGGUACAUUUUUUGA